AGACAACAUGGCUGCUGGCUGCGGUGAGCUUGUUUUUAUGGCAGCACCCUGUUAAAUCAGACUUAGUUACUGGUAAAUUAGAUUAUCUGGCGCUGCUCCACACAGUCAGAUCCCAUUUACCCUGCCUUUCUUCCACAUUAUUGUGUGUGUGUCCUGUGUGUGUAUGUUCUCUGUGUGUGUGUGUGUGUGUGUGUGUGUGAAAUCUAUGUGCGACACAAAUCUUUCCCCGCCCGGAUGGAAUGAGACAGGGUUACAUAGAGGAUAUGUCAAAAGGUGAGAAGGAUGUUUUGGAUUUGAAUGGUCCAUGAUUCAAUACGUUUGUUGUUCAUUUGCAUUGCAAAUAAUGUACUUCUUGCAAGGCAUGAAUCUAUUCAUUAUUAAAGCCUUCCGUGUAGAUGUGUUUGUUGUCUUUCGACAUUCAUGUUUGUUUUACCGUCUUGAGUUUCCAUAGGCUUCUAUUGUGUCCACCCCGGAGGGCUUGUGAAUGAAGCCAAAAUAUGUGCAUUUUCUCACCCCUGGUGUUUCUUCUUGUGUUUUUAUAACAUUUUCAAUUCCAGGGAUAGUUUUGUCACAAAUAGCAAAUGUGCCGACUCUUGGCACGUGCGCUCUAGCCAACAGCUGGCAGACACAGAGCAGGUAGGCUGUGCAUGUAGGCUAGUCUACAUGAUAAGUUUAUAAUGGAUAAGAGUGAGAAUAUUUGUAUUUGUCAAACAGCAGUCAAGCAUCGAUCAUCAUGUCACCAGAAUAAGACCCUCAGUAUUUAUUGGUAAGGAGCAUCAAGCUCAUCACCUUGUACUUUCACCACCCUGUGAAGUUCAUCGUAACUUAUUUGAUCUGUAGCUAAUAAACUGCAUGCUUUCCGAGUUGUAGUGGGAGGACCACACAACAUAUCAUCGCUUUACUCCAAGUGUACUUCGAUAUGAUGGUUAUUAUAUCAAUAUGUGCGCAUAAAGAUGUUUCCACCACCAUUUUUUGCAAAAUUAAUUUUACAGACACAAAAAAGAUAACACCAUGUCAAACGCACAAAUUAUCUGUCAGCAUUUAUUUAAAAAAUGUCCUGUUUCCAUCAAAGCUGUCAUGAUUUUUUAAAUAUGGUAAGACUUUACUCGCAUAAAAACUGUGGAUGGAAACGUAGUUAUACAAAUAAUUUAACGAUUUCCUCACCCAAUCUAUCGCAUGGAAGACUUCCAUGUCAACACCCCCUAUACACACACACGCACACACACACACACACACACAACAAGAAUGGGGGGGUCCCAAUCCCUUUGAUGGACAUUAUGAUAAUUGGGGUUGUCUGUGAAAAAAGGAUUUUUCCCCCAUGCCCUUGGUUUAAAUUGGGAUUUUUUUUAAAAUCUCUGGUACAGGGGGGAGGGAAACCAGAAAGGGAGGGAUGGGUGGGUGGGAAUAAAAUGGGGGGUGGGGGUUUUCUUUAGAGCCCCAAAUAUAGAUGGAUGGGUGGGGGGGUGGGGGUGAAAGUUAGGGGGGGGGGUUUGGUGAAGGGGAUGGGGGGGUGGGGGGGGGUUGUGGAAAGAGGUAGGGGUGGUUGGAACAUCCAUGUAAGGGAGGGGGUUGGGGGGGGUGGGUGAGAAGAUAGUGGGGGGGUUGGGGAAAGAGGGAGGGAGGGGGUGGGUGGGUGGAUGGGGUAGAAGGUAGUGGUGGGGGUGGUGGAUGGGCCUUCCCUGACAAGGGGAUUUACUUGGGCUGGGGUGGGGAUAGUGGUGGGGUUUGGGAGGAGCAGUGUAGGGAUAAGGGUGGGGGUUGUGGUGGCGUCCCACAGAUUUAGAUCAAUUACAGUGACGUCAGGAUCCCACAAUCACUAGGUCUUCUCCAUCCAAUAUGAAUUGUCCACUGAUACAGAUUGGAGGGACCAACAAGAGGGAUGGGGUGAGAAAAUGGGUUGAGAUGAGGAUAGGAGGAUGGUGGGGGUUUCAUGACACAGACGGAACCGAACAUAAGGUGAUGGGAUGGGUUGGGUGGGUGGGGGUGAGGAAAAGAGGUAGUGGUGGGGGUUGGAGAGGACCCAUGUCAUGUAGAGGGAUGGGAUUGGGUUGGGGUGGGUGAGGAAAGAGGUAGUGGUGGGGGGUUGGAGAGACCCAUGUCAUGAUAGAGGGAUGGGAUGGGUUGGGGUGGGGUGAGGGAAAAGAGGUAGUGGUGGGGGUUGGAGAGACCCAUGUCAUGAUAGAGGGAUGGGAUGGGUUGGGGUGGGGGUGAGGAAAAGAGGUAGUGGUGGGGUUGGAGAGACCCAUGUCAUGAUAGAGGGAUGGGAUGGGUUGGGGUGGGGUGAGGAAAGAGGUAGUGGUGGGGGUUGGAGAGACCCAGGUCAUGUUUAGAGGGAUAGAGGGAUGGGGUGAGGAAAGAAGGUAGUGCGUGGGGGUUGGAGAGACCCAUGUCAUGAUAGAGGGAAGGAUGGGUUGGGUGUGGGGUGAGGAAGAGGUAGUGGUGGGGGUUGGAGCGACCCAUGUCAUGAUAGAGGGAUGGGUGGGUUGGGGUGGGGUGAGGAAAGAGGGUAGUGGUGGGGUUGGAGGAACCCAUGUCAUGAUAGAGGGAUGGGAUGGGUUGGGGAUGGGGUGGAGGUGAGGAAAGAGGUAGUGGUGGGGGUUGGAGAGACCCCAUGUCAUGAUAGAGGGAUGGGAUGGGUUGGGGUGGGGUGAGGAACGAGGUAGUGGUGGGGGUUGGAGAGACCCAUGUCAUGAUAGAGGGAUGGGAUGGGUUGGGGUGGGGUGAGGAAAGAGGUAGUGGUGGGGGUUGGAGAGACCCAUGUCAUGAUAGAGGGAUGGGGAUGGGUUGGGGUGGGGGUGAGGAAAGAGGUAGUGGUGGGGGUUGGAGACCCAUGUCAUGAUAGAGGGAUGGGAUGGGUUGGGGUGGGGGUGAGGAAAGAGGUAGUGGUGGGGGGUUGGGAGACCCCAUGUCAUGAUAGAGGGAGGGAUGGGUUGGGGUGGGGUGAGGAAAGAGGUAGUGGUGGGGGUUGGAGAGACCCAUGUCAUGAUAGAGGGAUGGGAUGGGUUGGGGUGGGGUGAGGAAAGAGGUAGUGGUGGGGGUUGGAGAGACCCAUGUCAUGAUAGAGGGAUGGGAUGGGUUGGGGUGGGGUGAGGAAGGAGAGGAAAGGUGGUGGGGGGUUGGAGAGCACCCAUGUCAUGAUAGAGGGAUGGGAUGGGUUGGGGUUGGGGGUGAGGAAAGAGGUAGUGGUGGGGGUUGGAGAGACCCAUGUCAUGAUAGAGGGAUGGGAUGGGUUGGGGUGGGGUGAGGAAAGAGGUAGUGGUGGGGGUUGGAGAGACCCAUGUCAUGAUAGAGGGAUGGGAUGCGAUAGGAUGGGGUGAGGAGAAGGGUAGGGUGGGGGGUAGUGGUGGAGUCCCACAGAUUUAGAUCGAUACAGUCCUGGUGCAGGACCCUAACAAUAUCUAAUGUCCUAAUGAAACCUUGAAAAGACCUCAACUGUCUCUAAAUCCUAAAUCCCUUAAAGCCCUAACUGUUGUUGUUUCCCUUUUAAGCCAUUUAGGAUGGUCCUAAAUCCAUUUUGAGCCUUUCCGUGGUCAGGCAUCCUUAUUCUGACCUUCAACAUCUCAACAAUACACCUCAUCUCUAAGAUCACGCUCAGCUUAAUUUUUUUGGGAAUAUAUUUUUAGCUCAAUCUUAUAAAAAAACACAUUUAGCCUGUUAUACAUAAAUGUUUAAAAAGUAUUUGUUUCCAGGCUGUGAAAUCAAAUGAAGUAAUUUCACAAGGCUAUGAACCUGGAAAUGAUGCCUGCUUAAAGAUAAAUACGUUUCAGAGAGAACAAGGGCGAGGGAGAGGAGAGGGAGCAAAAUGUAGCAGGGUGUAGAGGGAGAAAAGGGAGAGGGAGAGUGAGGGAGGGAGAGAGAGAUAUAUAUGAGCAUAUAUCUAUAUUAUAUACUAUCGUAUCUCUCGCUCCUCUCUCUCUUCUCUCUCUCUCUCUCUCCUCUAGCCUAUCAUCACUACUAACUCACUCACUCCCUCACUCACUUCUCUCUCUCUUCUCUCUCUCCUCUCUGGCUCUCUCUUUCUCCCCCUCCUCUCUCUUUCUCCCCCUCCUCUCUCUUUCUCCCCCUCCUCUCUCUCACCAGUGCUUAGUUCUGUUUUAGCUCUGGAGGAAACUCUUUCAUUCAAGUUUGCAAACAUCGAUGGGCUCAUACUGCUUCCCGUGCUAACAGCUGUCCAUCAGAUUUGGUGUAGCUAUGUAAGGUGUGGAGAGGUAGAAUAAUAAUGGUGUAUUAAUGCAUAUGGUAGGCUACUGACUUUCAUGUGAUCAACACUCUUCAUACAGUACCAUUCGUUCUGCCGACUCCAAUGGCGUUAUGUGUUAAACAUAUAGAAUAUGUAUGAGCUGUCUACACCAUGAUACAAAUUUCACCUUUAUUUAACCAGGUAAGCCAGUUGAGAACAAGUUCUCAUUUACAACUACGACCUGGCCAAGAUAAAGCAAAGCAGUGCGAUAAAAACAACAACACAGAGUUACAUAUGGGGUAAACAAAACAUAAAGUCAAAAAUACAUUAGAGAUGCAAUAAUUUGGUUAUGAGCACAUUUUUCAUCCAUGUACACUGUCAAAGUCAUGAGUAAAAGAUUAAACUAAUGCCCCACUGCCUGAAUUUGAAUUUCAAUGGGUACAAAUAUCCACUUUUUUAAUAGGUUCUUGUUUUGAAAGAAGUUGUAAUUCCCUCGGCUUGCUCCCUCAUGUCUAAUGGUUCUGUAGUCUGCCUGCUUGUUUGUCUGAGAAAGCGAAUGAAUCUUUCAUGAUGGUGUAAACAUUCAUUGUAAUACCCAAUGCCUAUUUUCCCUUCAGACUUGGUGAACAUGUGGACAAGUGUUGUGUGUGGUUUGUGUACACUUAUAGGUCUGUCUGUUAAACUCCCUCUCUACUUACAUAACCAAUAUCUGGGUUCUAGAUGUCUAUGUGAACAAAUGCGUCAGAUCUGAUUUUGCUAUGUGAUUUUGUGUAUAAUAUCGGCACAUGAUACGGACUGUGUAUUGUACAGUGGCUUGCGAAAGUAUUCACCCCCCUUGGCAUUUUUCCUAUUUUGCUGCCUUACAACCUGGAAUUAAAAUAGAUUUUUGGGGGGUUUGUAUCAUUUGAUUUACACAACAUGCCUACCACUUCGAAGAUGCAAAAUAUUUUGUCUUGUGAAAGAAACAAGAAAUAAGACAAAAAAACGGAAAACUUGAGUCUGCAUAACUAUUCACCCCCCCCAAAGACAAUAGUUUGUAGAGCCACCUUUUGCAGCAAUUACAGCUGCAAGUCUCUUGGGGUAUGUCUCUAUAAGCUUGGCACAUCUAGCCACUGGGAUUUUUGCCCAUUCUUCAAGGCAAAACUGCUCCAGCUCCUUCAAGUUGGAUGGAUUCCGCUGUGGGGCCCCGUGAAGCUCAGUUGGUAGAGCAUGGCGCUUGCAACGCCAGGGUUGUGGGUUCGAUUCCCACGGGGGCCAGUAUGAAAAAAAAAAAAUUAUGCACUCACUAACUGUAAGUCGCUCUGGAUAAGAGCGUCUGCUAAAUGACAUGAAAUUUAAAUGUGUACAGCAAUCUUUAAGUCAUACCACAGAUUCUCAAUUGGAUUGAGGUCUGGGCUUUGACUAGGCCAUUCCCCUUAAACCACUCAAGCGUUGCUUUAGCAGUAUGCUUAGGGUCAUUGUCCUGCUGGAAGGUGAACCCCCGUCCUAGUCUCAAAUCUCUGGAAGACUGAAACAGGUUUCCCUCAAGAAUUUCCCUGUAUUUAGCACCAUCCAUCAUUCAUUCAAUUCUGACCAGUUUCCCAGUCCUGCCGAUGGAAAACAUCCCCACAGCAUGAAACUGCUACCACCACGCUUCACUUUGGGGAUGGUGUUCUCAGGGUGAUGAGAGGUGUUGGGUUUGCGCCAGACAUUUUCCUUGAUGGCCAAAAAGCUCAAUUUUAGUCUCAUCUGACCAGAGUACCUUCUUCCAUAUGUUUGGGGAGUCUCCCACAUGCCUUUUGGCGAACACCAAACGUGUUUGCUUAUUUUUUUCUUUAAGCAAUGGCUUUUUUCUGGCCACUCUUCCGUAAAGCCCAGCUCUGUGGAGUGUACGGCUUAAAGUGGUCCUAUGGACAGAUACUCCAAUCUCCUGCUGUGGAGCUUUGCAGCUCCUUCAGGGUUAUCUUUGGUCUCUUUGUUGCCUCUCUGAUUAAUGCCCUCCUUGCCUGGUCCGUGAGUUUUGGUGGGCAGCCCUCUCUUGGCAGGUUUGUUGUGGUGCCAUAUUCUUUCCAUUUUUUAAUAAUGGAUUCAAUGGUGCUCCGUGGGAUGUUCAAAGUUUCGGAUAUUUCUUUAUAACCCAACCCUGAUCUGUACUUCUCCACAACAUUGUCCCUGACCUGUUUGGUGCCCCUUGCUUAGUAGUGUUGCAGACUCUGGUGCCUUUCAGAACAUGUGUAUAUAUACACUGAGAUCAUGUGGCACUUUAUUUAACUAAUUAUGUGACUUCUGAAGGUAAUUGGUUGCACCAUAUCUUAUUUAGGGGCUUAAUAGCAAAGGGGGUGAAUACAUAUGCACGCACCACUUUUCCGUUAUUUAUUUUUUUGAAUUUUUUGAAACAAGUUCUUUUUUUCAUUUCACUUCACCAAUUUUGGACUAUUUUGUGUAUGCCCAUUACAUGAAAUCCAAAUACAAAUCAUAUUUAAAUUACAGGUUGUAAUGCAACAAAAUAGGAAAAAUGCCAAGGGGAUGAAUACUUUUGUAAGGCACUGUAUGUGUAUAUAACAGGUAUAGACACCCUCACAUUCUAAGUAUCCUCAGCUAACCUCAUAUACUGUGUCUCCUGUCUCCCUGUGCCUCCAGGUGAGUAUGUAGACCGCCAGCUGUGCCGGGAUGCCGUCCUGCCCAUGCCUGUCGUCUGUGAGGUGCCUUGCCCCAAGGACUGUGUCCUCAGUCCCUGGACCUCCUGGUCCCUGUGCUCAAACACCUGCUCUGGGAAGAACACAGAGGGAAGACAGAUGAGAGCACGCUCCGUACUGGCCUACAACGCUGGGGAAGGUGAGACUACAACCACACAAUGCACAGCGUCAGAUCUGGUCCCAGAUCUGUUUGUGUAGUACAGCCGACUCAUAUGGUUGUUGUCAUGCCAAACAUAGGCGUUGACCUAUGGGAGUUGGCAAAACCGCACUAAGGGAUCUGGGACCAAGCCACACAGCAUCAGACCGGGGUUCAAAUAGUAUCUGUUUUCUUUCAAGUACAUUGAUGAAUAAUGGAGCCUGUCUGUAUUGCAUGCCAGCUGGACAGGGUUUGCACUUUUCUAUUGUUUCUGUUGCACCAGAUGAGCUCAAUCAUGUGCAGCUAAAGGAUUUGAAAGAUAACAUUUUCUCCAUUUGAUCCCAGGUCUGCACAGCAUGAGUAUCUGAGAUCUCAUAUGAGGCUGCUGAAGCAAGCGUUCCACCAGCCAAAUUGUAUAAAUGAUUCUGUAUGUUCCUCCUCCACAGCGACUGCUCAGGUUGUAGCCUGGGUUACUGUGAUGCAGGGUAAGGUUCUGUGAUGUGGCAUAGUCACAAGGAAUAACAAGCUUGGAUACUGUAGGAUAGAGGCCUGUACUACUCUCUAGAGCAACAUUUUACCAUGUUUAGGCUCAAAGCGUCUGAGUGUUGUUGUGAAGUGCUUAGAGCCUUAGUGCUUAUUAUUCUUUAUUGCACCUUUCACAAAUGUAUGGAUGGUAAUACAAAAUUCAUAACAACUUUGCAUUUACCUUACUUUAAGGUCUAUCGCAGGUGCCCAAGGUUCCUGCACUCUUCGGUACUAUAAUUUCCUAUGUUCUUAGAAUGCAGUGUUCCCAUAGAUGUAGUUAUUCAGCCCUGUAGAUGUUAUAAGUAGAUGUAUGUAGUCAAUAUAUAGCUACCUGCAUACCAAUCUAUUUCCCCUCACUGCUUGGUCAGCAUAAUGUUAUGCUUGCACUAUGUAAAACUUUUACAGACCCUCAACAGUGCAGUGCUAGUAAACAGCAUUCCUUAGUGUUAAGUGCUGCCUGAAACCUUAAGGAGAGGAGACUGAAACCCUAAGGAGAGGAGACUGAAACCCUAAGGAGAGGAGACUGAAACCCAAAGGAGAGGAGACUGAAACCCUAAGGAGAGGAGACUGAAACCCUAAGGAGAGGAGACUGAAACCCUAAGGAGAGGAGACUGAAACCCAAAGGAGAGGAGACUGAAACCCUAAGGAGAGGAGACUGAAACCCUAAGGAAAGGCGACUGAAACCCUAAGGAGAGGAGACUGAAACCUCAAGGAGAGGAGACAGAAACCUCAAGGAGAAGAGACUGAAACCAUAAGGAGUGGAAACUGAAACCAUAAGGAGAAGAGACUGAAACCCUAAGGAGAGAAAACUGAAACCCUAAGGAGAAGAGAAGUGUGGAAGCGGGAGUCUGGUCAGUAAUGGAACAAGUGCCUCUGGGUUAGAGUCUUACCGUCUAAGCUGCCAGUCACGCCCUGAGAACCCAUCUCUAUACAACCCACACUGGGCUGUGUGAUCGCCUUGCAGUAGAUCAGCAUGUUGUAGUGUAUUUUAUAGUACUGCUAUGAAUUAAACAGUUCUUGUAGGUGUCCUCCACUGGACCAUGGCAAGACAAUGAGUACGGUUACAUGCACACAAUAAUGCGAUUAUUGUGGAUAGUCAGAUUAAUAUAAUAGUUUGAUUAAAAUGUUUACAUGCUUAGCUAGAAGAACGAUGUCUCUAAUAAUCCUGUUUACAUGUACACAUCUGAUAUCAGGCUACCUGAUGGCACUCUGAUAAAUGCAGAAAAUCGCUAAUCAAAACAAACGUUUUACCACAGCGACCAUAUUAUUUUUGGGAAGCAUAUUUGAUUCUGUGUUCGGACAUAUAAAGCAUGUAUGUGAAAACUACUUCUUAAGACGCAUACAUUCAGUUGUUCCGAACUCACUUCACUCGCUCUAAAGAGGGAGGCUCAUUCGGCUGGUGCUAGCACAUGCGCAGAUCAAAUACACAGCUGGAACGCCGUUUAAGGUGUUAACAUGUCCUAAUCAUUUGAAAGAUUGCAAAGAAAACCAGGUGUUUUAAUUAGGCGUAUGCUUACUUCGAUUUUGACCUUACGCCGAAUAAGAUAAGCAGAGUAAGGUGUUUACAUGACUAUUGCAUAAUCUGCCUACUGCCAUAAUCUGUUUAAUAUUGAAUUAUUGCGGUGCAUGUAAACAUAUUCAAUGUCUGUCGAUACCAUAUUCAAAAUACCCACGCAGGAGAGAGAGAGAGAGGGGGAGGGAGGGGGAAAGAGAGAUUUCUCUCAGAAUGGAUACUCGUAUGCUCUGGCAUAGGGAGGACAGUAACUCCAUCGUCGCUGCAGAAACAGAGUCAGGCUGAAUGCCUUGCUUCAUUUAUUAGCCUUCCUACGCCUCAGCAGACAGACACUGUCCAGGACAAACGACAAGCGGUGUGUGUGCGUGCGUGUGUCUGUGUCUGCAUCUGCGUGUGUCUGUGCCAGACGCCAGUGUAGUCCUACAGACUCAGCUCUACUGGCCAUCUGCUAUCACACACACUGAUGGAGGACCUCCCAAUUCAGGCCCGAAUCCUCAUUUGAGAGCUGCAUAAAUUAUGGAUUGGUUUUAAUUUGAGCCUUGUGCCAAAAUUCAAGUGGUGUGGUGAUCUCAAGUUAGACUCUCAGGGAGUAGAGAGAGCAGUUUGCAGUCAAUUGGAGAAAAUGGCAGAAUAAAAACAACCGGGUAACUCCAACUCAGGGAGAAGUGGGGUUGAGCCCGUAGAGUAAUUACAUCAGGCCAUUUUAGGACACACUCUCAUAAUAAGACAAAGGAUUAGCUGAGGUAGCUUGACCCUCGAGUUACAGUUCAGUUAAUAACAAUGGUAGGGAGACUUGGCCUUGUUUUACAUGUCGUGAAAGGUUACAGGGACUGUGACUCGAAGAGCUCUGUAACGUAACAUGGAGGCAAAGGAGGUACUUCAUUGUAAAGGAUGUAAGAAAACAUAAUACACUGCUCAAAAAAAUAAAGGGAACACUUAAACAACACAAUGUAACUCCAAGUCAAUCACACUUCUGUGAAAUCAAACUGUCCACUUAAGAAGCAACACUGAUUGACAAUAAAUGUCACAUGCUGUUGUGCAAAUGGAAUAGACAACAGGUGGAAAUUAUAGGCAAUUAGCAAGACACCCCCAAUAAAGAAGUGGUUCUGCAGGUGGUGACCACAGACCACAGCUUUAGUCCAGGUCUGGGAGGAGAUCCCUCAGGAGACCAUCCGCCACCUCAUCAGGAGCAUGCCCAGGCGUUGUAGGAAGGUCAUACAGGCACGUGGAGGCCACACACACUACUGAGCCUCAUUUUGACUUGUUUUAAGGACAUUACAUCAAAGUUGGAUCAGCCUGUAGUGUGGUUUUCCACUUUAAUUUUGAGGGUGACUCCAAAUCCAGACCUCCAUGGGUUGAUACAUUUGAUUUCCAUUGAUAAUUUUUGUGUGAUUUUGUUGUCAGCACAUUCAACUAUGUAAAGAAAAAAGUAUUUAAUAAGAUUAUUUCAUUCAUUCAGAUCUAGGAUGUGUUGUUUAAGUGUUCCCUUUAUUUUUUUGAGCAGUGUAUAACCUCUGCAUGAUUUUUAUGGUCAGAGACCUUUUACAAGACUAAUAAUGGCACUACCAGCAAAGCAGAUAUUCAAUAAACCACACUGAGUCAGAGUUCAACAGUUUUAUUAGUAACACUGAAACAUUCAAAUACAGCUUUACAACCUCAUUAAUUAACCAUAGUACCAGUAAUGACAUAACAUACGAUCCCUAUACCUGACUACCUAAUGUCUCUUGGAUGGAAAAAAGUCAAUAGCAUCUUUUAUAAAUGACCCGUUGUCAUUGACCCGCUACAGAGGUCAAUUAUAUAUCUUCGCUCUGUGUGGCUUUUGAAGACAGAAGCAUCUCCUUAUGUACGCUUCAUCUGUUUUCCCUUGCUCCACCAAUGAUUGGCUGAUCUCGGUCCUUCUCCAGCAUUGAUUGGAGGAUCGCGGUGGUCCUCCAUCAUUGAUUGGUCAAUAUCAGUCCUUCUCCUUCAUUGGCUGGUGGAUCUCAUUGAUUGGCCACUGCCCGUUGCGGUGGUAAUGGCUGACCUUCCCCUCGGGGGUCUGGUAUGAAAAAAAAUAAAAAAUGUAUACACUCACUAACUGUAAGUCGCUCUGGAUAAGAGCGUCUGCUAAAUGACUAAAAUGUAAAUGUAAAUGUAUCCCAGCGCAACAGAGCCUGCUAAUGUCUGACAUCCCAUCGUGGUGAGGGGUGGUUAAGGGUCACACACACACAGAUACAACACACACACAUGAAGACCAUCUGUGGUGAGGGGUGGAAAAGGGGUCACAUGCGGUCCACCUGGUGUCCAAGAUACUGUCAGACCCCGGGUCAACUCAUCUCCAUUGUCUCCAUCUUCAUGACUGCUUUCUCCCAAGGGACUAUACUGGUUUAUUUAGCUCAGACACUGCUGUACUAAUGUUUUUAACCCAAUGAGUGGAACUUACUCACUUUCUCGUUAUGAUAAGAUGACAACAUAUUCGCAACUUACAAAGCUUAGCAAAUAAAUCCUAUUGGCUGAGCUGUCUUGUUCCCAGCAAAUCAAGGCAAACCACACUCAUGUAACUGAGUAGUAUCUCCUGUAUUUGAAUGUGGUGUUUGUGCUUCUGCUUCCUCUUUGGGGUCUUUUUGACAACUGCUGUCGGGGUUUAUAAAUACAUUUGAUUGAUUGGAAAUGUGGUUGUUGUGUGUUUGACAGGCGGAAUCCAGUGCCCCAACAGCAGUGCUCUCCAGGAGGUGCGGAGCUGCAACGAUCACCCUUGUACUGUGUACCACUGGCAGACCGGGCCCUGGGGACAGUGUAUCGAGGACACCUCGGUUCCCUCUGCCAACUCCACAGGGGCUCGGGUUGGAGUCGGGGGAGGGGACUCCUCCUGCUCUGUGGGGAUGCAGACACGGAAGGUCAUCUGUGUCCGGGUCAAUGUGGGACAGGUGCCUCCUAAAAAGUAAGAGUCUCUCCUUCAAAAUAAGAGUUCCUUUUUCAAAGUAUGAGUUCCACCUUCACUGUAAUAAUAAUAAUAAUAAUAAUAAUAAUAAUAAUAAUAAUAAUAAUAAUAAUAAUAAUAAUAAUAAUGGUAUUUAUAUAGCGCUUUUCAAGCACCCAAAGUUGUAAGAGUAAGAGUUUUUCCUUCAAAGAGAUAACUGAAUGCCAACAUAAGUAGUAUAGGAAUAUAAUAUUUGUGUAAAGUGAGAGAGGAUUAUUACUUGUUCAAGCAAAUUACAGAAAUUAAAUGUGAGUAGAGCGUUUAUACUUAUGCUGAUUUGGCAUAAUACGUAUGCAGGGUUCCAUAAGCCUUUGCUAAGCAUAAAUCAAAGCACCAAAGCACAGAGCAUUUGUCCCAGAAUCUGUCUAUGGAAGGAACAAAAUCCUAUUGUUACCACUGUCUGGCUGGCUGCAUAGCUGUAAGAUGAUGGGUUCCCUGACAGGUUUCUGCCUGGGUUCCAGACAGUUUUUCUAAAGCAUCUGGGUUCUCCCUCCCUACCACCCUUAGGGCAUCUUAGGGACGUGAAUUAUAUUGAAUUAUCUAUUUAUUUAUUCAACUUUAAUAGUAGCAUUAUUAUGCAGGAAGAGCUGGAGCUACUAGGCAGACUGGGAUGAGCUAGAUCCCAUGCUGGGUAUGGAAAUGAGCCCUGGACAGUUUUAUUACUGCGGUUUCUGAUUCUUCUAUCCAGGGUUUUAUUUUACCCAGCUACCACUUCACACUAUCGCACCAUGCUGCACAUACAGUGGGGAGAAUAAGUAUUUGAUACACUGCCGAUUUUGCAGGUUUUCCAAAAAUCCAGAAAAUCACAGAAAAUCACAUUGUAUGAUUUUUAAGUAAUUAAUUUGCAUUUUAUUGCAUGACAUACGUAUUUGAUACAUCAGAAAAGCAGAACUUAAUAUUUGGUACAGAAACCUUUGUUUGCAAUUACAGAGAUCAUACGUUUCCUGUAGGUCUUGACCAGGUUUGCACACACUGCAGCAGGGAUUUUGGCCCACUAUUCCAUACAGACCUUCUCCAGAUCCUUCAGGUUUUAGGUCUGUCGCUGGGCAAUACGGACUUUCAGCUUCCUCCAAAGAUGUUCUAUUGGGUUCAGGUCUGGAGACUGGCUAGGCCACUCCAGGACCUUGAGAUGCUUCUUACGGAGCCACUCCUUAGUUGCCCUGGCUGUGUGUUUCGGGUCGUUGUCAUGCUGGAAGACCCAGCCACGACCCAUCUUCAAUGCUCUUACUGUGGGAAGGAGGUUGUUGGCCAAGAUCUCGUGAUACAUGACCCCAUCCAUCCUCCCCUCAAUAGGGUGCAGUCCUCCUGUCCCCUUUGCAGAAAAAUCAUCCCCAAAGAAUGAUGUUUCCACCUCCAUGCUUCACGGUUGGGAUGGUGUUCUUGGGGUUGUACUGAUCCUUCUUCUUCCUCCAAACACGGCAAGUGGAGUUUAGACCAAAAAGCUCUAUUUUUGUCUAAUCAGACCACAUGACCUUCUCCCAUUCCUCCUCUGGAUCAUCCAGAUGGUCAUUGACAAACUUCAGAUGGGCCUGGACAUGCGCUGGCUUGAGCAGGCGGACCUUGCGUGUGCUGCAGGAUUUUAAUCCAUGAUGGCGUAGUGUGAUACUAAUGGUUUUCUUUGAGACUGUGGUCCCAGCUCUCUUCAGGUCAUUGACCAGGUCCUGCCGUGUAGUUCUGGGCUGAUCCCUCACCUUCCUCAUGAUCAUUGAUGCCCCACAAGGUGAGAUCUUGCAUGGAGCCCCAGACCGAGGGUGAUUGACCGUCAUCUUGAACUUCUUCCAUUUUCUAAUAAUUGCACCAACAGUUGUUGCCUUCUCACCAAGCUGCUUGCCUAUUGUCCUGUAGCCCAUCCCAGCCUUGUGCAGGUCUACAAUUUUAUCGCUGAUGUCCUUACACAGCUCUCUGGUCUUGGCCAUUGUGGAAAGGUUGGAGUCUGUUUGAUUGAGUGUGUGGACAGGUGUCUUUUAUACAGGUAACGAGUUCAAACAGGUGCAGUUAAUACAGAUAAUGAGUGGAGAACAGGAGGGCUUCUUAAAGAAAAACUAACAGGUCUGUGAGAGUCGGAAUUCUUACUGGUUGGUAGGUGAUCAAAUACUUAUGUCAUGCAAUGAAAUGCUAAUUAAUUACUUAAAAAGCAUACAAUGUGAUUUUCUGGAUUUUUGUUUUAGAUUCCGUCUCUCACAGUUGAAGUGUACUAUGAUAAAAAUGACAGACCUCUACAUGCUUUGUAAGUAGGAAGACCUGCAAAAUCGGCAGUGUAUCAAAUACUUGUUCUCCCCACUGUAGUUACAGCUGCUGAACUACUAUCACUAAACACAUGCACCCACUAGGUUUGGGACUAUAUACUAAUAUACCGUGAUAUCAAAUAAUGAAAUCGUAUAAUGUCAUGACUGAAACGGGUAUGAUAUGCUAAUGAGUUCAUUACCAUUUAACAGGACAUGAAUAAAUUAACAAUGUAGCACUGUUGCAGAGGGUAUAUGAUAUUCAAAGCAAUGUACAUUAGGGGCUCAAUCUGCAGCCCUAAAACCAAUUAUUCAUAAUAUACUGGGAGAAUCUCUGCAGUAGUCCUUAGACCAAUGACCCCAUAUUUAUAUAUAUCAGAAGCAGUGAUAUUAUUUUGACCAGACAAAUAUGCAUUCAUUAACAUAAGCGGUACAUGCACACAUCUCAACACAUUCAGAUUUUGACACAUUCAAGCACCCCAUCCCCAGCUCAACACAGUAUGGUUCUUUUGGCUCUAUCAGAGAAGCUGGGGAUGAUAUUCUGUGUGUUUGUGUAUGUGUAUCAAGCACAGGGGUGUCAAACUAAUUCCAUGGAGGGCCUAGUGUCUGCUGGUUUUUGGUUUUUCCUUUCAAUUAAGAGCUUUCAUUUAAGGGGAAUUCCUUACUAAUCAGUGACCUUAAUUCAUCAAUCAAGUACAAGGGAGGAGCGAAAACCCACAGACACUUGGCCCUCCGUGGAAUGAGAUUGACACAUGUGAUCUAGAUGAUGUGAUUUCAUGUGAUUUCAGGUGUCCGGAGAGUAUUCGUCCUGAGACGGUCAGGCCCUGCCUCCUGCCGUGUAAAAGAGACUGUAUCGUCACCCCAUACAGCGACUGGAGCGCCUGCCCUGCCACAUGCAAAGCAGGUACCUACUAGCCUUCUCAAUAUUCACAAGAAUACACAGAUAUAAAACAAUGUACAGCCUCUCAACGCAUUCAAGUACACACAGAUAUUGUUUGUUGUGUUUGGCAAAAAUGCAAUUAUGUCAAGAGAUGUACAAUAUGCCAAGCAGGUACAUCCUAUUAUUCUCAAGUAUUCAUUACAGCAUAUACAGAUACAGAGCAGUCUGUCCAUGGCAAAAAUGCUCAAGAGAUGUAGCCUAUGCCAUGUGAUUUUGAAAUGAGCCCGUGCUUAAAAGCAUUUCAAGGAAUUCAUUACAACAGAGAAUGCUAAAUAAUAGUGGGUCUGUCAUUAAGUGUUUGUUUCCUAGUUUCGACAGCCCCGACAAAUCUGAUAAACAAAACACUUGCACCAUUAUGAAAUGAUUACUCUUCUCCUCAUCAAAUGUUUCAGUUUGAGCUGAGAGAAUCAUUAGGAGAGCUGUCAAAGGUUACCAGAAACAAAAUUGUAGACCUGCACCAGGCUGGGAAGACUGAAUCUGCAAUAGGUAAGCAGCUUGGUUUGAAGAAAUCAACUGUGGGAGCAAUUAUUAAGAAAUGGAAGACAUACAAGACCACUGAUAAUCUCCCUCGAUCUGGGGCUCCACGCAAGAUCUCACCCCGUGGGGUCAAAAUGAUCACAAGAACGGUGAGCAAAAAUCCCAGAACCACACGGGGGGACCUAGUGAAUGACCUGCAGAGAGCUGGGACCAAAGUAACAAAGCCUACCAUCAGUAACACACUACGCCACCAGGGACUCAAAUCCUGCAGUGCUAGACGUGUCCCCCUGCUUAAGCCAGUACAUGUCCAGGCCCGUCUGAAGUUUGCUAGAGUGCAUCCAGAAGAGGAUUGGGAGAAAGUCAUAUGGUCAGAUGAAACCAAAAUAUAACUUUUUGGCAAAAACUCAACUUGUCGUGUUUGGAGGACAAAGAAUGCUGAGUUGCAUCCAAAGAACACCAUACCUACUGUGAAGCAUGGGAGUGAAAACAUCAUUCUUUGGGGCUGUUUUUCUGCAAAGGGACCAGGACGACUGAUCCGUGUAAAGGAAAAAUGAAUGGGGCCAUGUAUCGUGAGAUUUUGAGUGAAAACCUCCUUCCAUCAGCAAGGGCAUUGAAGAUGAAACGUGGCUGGGUCUUUCAGCAUGACAAUGAUCCCAAAACACCGCCCGGGCAACGAAGGAGUGGCUUCGUAAGAAGCAUUUCAAGGUCCUGGAGUCUCCAGAUCUCAACCCCAUAAAAAAUCUUUGGAGGGAGUUGAAAGUCCGUGUUGCCCAGCGACAGCCCCAAAACAUCACUGCUCUAGAGGAGAUCUGCAUGGAGGAAUGGGCCAAAAUACCAGCAACAGUGUGUGAAAACCUUGUGAAGACUUACAGAAAACGUUUGACCUGUGUCAUUGCCAACAAAGGGUAUAUAAGAAAGUAUUGAGAAACUUUUGAUUUUCAUGUCAAAACCGUAAUUCACUUAGGAGCUGUGACAUCCUAAAACAGCAACCAACGAACACGCAUUGUUGCUUGGCAACAUUUUUCUAUACCAAGAACUAGAACAAAUGCUGCUAAUAAGCAAAAAGUGCUGGGACAUUUAUGAAGCAAUUUGCCCGCACUGCAACAACCUCUUUGUGAGCUAGAAAAUGCUUGUUAGGAUACAUGUUUCUGUGAUUUCCAUUUCCUGUGAGUGAGUGUUAUAUUCAUGAAAUACUUGACAUGAUUACUCUCCAGAAACAUCUGCUAAGCAAUCUUAUAUAGAGUCUAAAGAACAGUCCUUGGGCUUGUUUUCCUAGUCUUCUAUUCUUUAAUCUGCCUCUGUUAGUAAUCUUGCAGGUAUUAUUUCACAUUUGGCAUCCAGAUCAUGUGGCUUUACUAGGAGUAUAUGGUAAUGAUUUUGUCCUUCUCCUAUGAGAACAAUCACAACUCUCAAUAUAACAGCAGAUCCUACCAUAUAAAUACAGUAUCUAUCUCUAACUACAGCAGCUAGCUACAGUGGGGAAAAAAGUAUUUAGUCAGCCACCAAUUGUGCAAGUUCUCCCACUUAAAAAGAUGAGAGAGGCCUGUAAUUUUCAUCAUAGGUACACGUCAACUAUGACAGACAAAAUGAGAAAAAAAAAUCCAGAAAAUCACAUUGUAGGAUUUGUAAUGAAUUUAUUUGCAAAUUAUGGUGGAAAAUAAGUAUUUGGUCAAUAACAAAAGUUUCUCAAUACUUUGUUAUAUACCCUUUGUUGGCAAUGACACAGGUCAAACGUUUUCUGUAAGUCUUCACAAGGUUUUCACACACUGUUGCUUGUAUUUUGGCCCAUUCCUCCAUGCAGAUCUCCUCUAGAGCAGUGAUGUUUUGGGGCUGUCGCUGGGCAACACAGACUUUCAACUCCCUCCAAAGAUUUUCUAUGGGGUUGAGAUCUGGAGACUGGCUAGGCCACUCCAGGACCUUGAAAUGCUUCUUACGAAGCCACUCCUUCGUUGCCCGGGCGGUGUGUUUGGGAUCAUUGUCAUGCUGAAAGACCCAGCCACGUUUCAUCUUCAAUACCCUUGCUGAUGGAAGGAGGUUUUCACUCAAAAUCUCACGAUACAUGGCCCCAUUCAUUCUUUUCUUUACACGGAUCAGUCGUCCUGGUCCCUUUGCAGAAAAACAGCCCCAAAGCAUGAUGUUUCCACCCCCAUGCUUCACAGUAGGUAUGGUAUUCUUUGGAUGCAACUCAGCAUUCUUUGUCCUCCAAACACGACGAGUUGAGUUUUUACCAAUAAGUUCUUUUUUGGUUUCAUCUGACCAUAUGACAUUCUCCCAAUCCUCUUCUGGAUCAUCCAAAUGCACUCUAGCAAACUUCAGACGGGCCUGGACAUGUACUGGCUUAAGCAGGGGGACACGUCUGCACUGCAGGAUUUGAGUCCCUGGCGGCAUAGUGUGUUACUGAUGGUAGGCUUUGUUACUUUGGUCCCAGCUCUCUGCAGGUCAUUCACUAGGUCCCCCCGUGUGGUUCUGAGAUUUUUGCUCACCGUUCUUGUGAUCAUUUUGACCCCACGGGGUGAGAUCUUGCGUGGAGCCCCAGAUCGAGGGAGAUUAUCAGUGGUCUUGUAUGUCUUCCAUUUCCUAAUAAUUGCUCCCACAGUUGAUUUCUUCAAACCAAGCUGCUUACCUAUUGCUGAUUCAGUCUUCCCAGCCUGGUGCAGGUCUACAAUUUUGUUUCUGGUGUCCUUUGACAGCUCUUUGGUCUUGGCCAUAGUGGAGUUUGGAGUGUGACUGUUUGAGGUUGUGGACAGGUGUCUUUUAUACUGAUAACAAGUUCAAACAGGUGCCAUUAAUACAGGUAACGAGUGGAGGACAGAGGAGCCUCUUAAAGAAGAAGUUACAGGUCUGUGAGAGCCAGAAAUCUUGCUUGUUUGUAGGUGACCAAAUACUUAUUUUCCACCAUAAUUUGCAAAUAAAUUCAUAAAAAAUCAUACAAUGUGAUUUUCUGGGGAAAAAAAAUCUCAAUUUGUCUGUCAUAGUUGACGUGUACCUAUGAUGAAGAUUACAGGCCUCUCUCAUCUUUUUAAGUGGGAGAACUUGCACAAUUGGUGGCUGACUAAAUACUUUUUUCCCCCACUGUAUCUCUAUGGAUCCUACAUUGCAACACGGAUAUGGCCACUGUAAUAUAAUCCUGAUAGAGAUAUGGAUUACUGCCUGUACUGUAUAUAGCCUAGAUAUGGACUUCCUGUAAGGACAAUAUAACCUCACUGAGGUGGGUGGACGAUAGCACAGAAGAGAAGCCCAUAUCAAUCAAUAUGCCAUACUUGAUUUCAUUACCUUCUCUCAGAACUGGUAAAGAUCUGCUGUAGAACACUAAACUAGAGAGAGCUGGGAACCAACUGUGCUCCUUCAUUAUGUUUCAUGAGCAAGCUUAAUGACACACAGCUGCUAAAAGUCAACCGCAAAAAAAACGUACUUGUUUUACAAGGACCUUUUCAAGGACCUGUGAUUACUCAAGUACGUAACAGGCAUUCAUCAUAAUAAUUUCACACUUCUAGGCCCAAUGGAAGUUGCUUGAGUGCUGCUGUUAUUGUCUCUGUCUAUUGAUUGGGCCAGUGUGUGAAUAAAGUGCUUUUCUAUUGGUUCUUAUAAGGUGGCAACACGAAAAGGAAACAGAACAGGAAACGCAUCAUCAUCCAGCUGUCAGCCAAUGGCGGACAGGACUGCCCGGAGGUGUUGACUCAGGAGAGAGACUGUGAAGCGCCGUCUGUCUGUCUGGGAUACAGGUAAGGCUCCAUCACCCUCCAAGACCACUCUACUCAGUAUGUAGUCUCUCUUGACUAAAGAGGUGCCAAGUUAACUACACUCUUAGAAAAAAAGGUGCUAUCUAGAGUCUAAAAUUGUUCUUCAGCUGUCCCCAUAGGAGAACCCUUUGAAGAACCCUUUUUGGUUCUAGGUUGAACCCUUUUGAGUUCCAUGUAGAACCCUUUACACAGAGGGUCAGCCGAAGAGCCCUUUUGGAACCCUUUUUUCUCAGAGUGUAGAGCAAGACUUUGACUCUCAAGAUGACUCAGCUGUGUUCUGUUUCUUGUAUUGCAGGUGGAAGACACAUAAGUGGCGGCGAUGCCAGUUGGUUCCCUGGUCCGUGCGUCAGGACAGUCCUGGAGCUGUGGAGACCUGUGGGCCUGGGCUGCAGGCUAGAGGUGAGCAACAACAUUUUGCAUGCACUAGCUACUCCAUUUGAUUCUCGGGGCGAAGUGUUCAAAUCUGUGCUGACAGAAAUAGUAGAAUCGAACCGUCUAUCCAAACCUCCUCCCUGGCGUGGAUUAGUUACAUUAAGGUUCAAAGACAAAAUGUCAUUGCAGUGGAUUGCUUUGUGUUGAGCUUGACGGAGCUUGACAUAGUGUGGCAACAAUGCAUCUAUCUGACUUCAAUUUCCAAAAUGGUGGCAGUCAGUGAAUUGAGGACAGAGAAUUCUUCUUCCACUCCUUGCAUCAGACCUCUAUUAGAAUCUUGAAGAGAGUAGGCCAUUAUCUGAUCAGAUGAUGAGCACCUUUCAACUUUCGUCUUCACACUCCACAUUAGGCCCCAUUACCUGUAAUGGUAUCUGUGUAGACAUUGACGCAGGUGGAGAGACAAUUCAAUACAGAGCUCUUACUCCUCCUCACUCAAUGCUAUCUGGUCUGUUUGGGUGGGAAAGUCAAUAGACAUUACACUAUGUUCAGUUUCAUCACUUACCCUUGUUCUCAGCUCUGUGUGUGUUUCUAACUGAGAGAACCGGAGACAGAGUGUGCGUAUGAAAUGUAACCCUAUUCCCUAUGUAGUGCACUACUUUUGACUAGAUCACUACAGGGAAUAGGGUGUAAUUUGGAAUGGAAUCUAGAGUCACACCACCUAGUAAUGAGUCAUUCCGGAUCCCACAGUGACAGUACUGUAGGUUAAUCAUCACUUAAAACACGUUCAGGUCUUGAUCGCCUGUGAUGGGACUGCCGUGUUUACAUCCAAAUGCAGCCAAAGGGUAUUAACCAAAUGAGAUUGGGCCAGCAAUAGAAAAUGGCCAACGUGUACCAAAGCUUACUGCCUCACACCAUCCCAACCUCCACCACCCAAUCAUUCCUUUUUCUCACACCAUCCCAACCUCCACCACCCAAUCAUUCCUUUUUCUUUCUUUCUUUCUUUCUUUCUUUCUUUCUUUCUUUCUUUCUUUCUUUCUUUCUUUCUUUCUUUCUUUCUUUCUUUCUUUCUUUCUUUCUUUCUUUCUUUCUUUCUUUCUUUCUUUCUAUAGCUGUCUCAUGCCGGAAGCAAGAUGGGGGUCAAGCGGACAUGGGAGCAUGUCUGAAGUUCGCCAGCUCCAUGCCCUCUCUGACCCAGCCCUGUCAGCUCCCAUGCCAGGAUGACUGCCAGCUAACCACCUGGUCCAAGUUCUCUUCCUGUACACAGGACUGUGUGGGCGUCAAGACCCGCAAGAGGAUGCUAGUGGGUGAGUGGACUGGAGUAGGCCGUACAAGUACCGUAAACUAACUAACUUAGUCCUCUUUGUCUCUGAAUGGACUGGAGUAGGCCGUACAAGUACCGUAAACUAACUAACUUAGUCUUCUUUGUCUCUGAAUGGACUGGAGUAGGCCGUACAAGUACAGUAAACUAACUAACUUAGUCCUCUUUGUCUCUGAAUGGACUGGAGUAGGCCGUACAGUAAACUAACUAACUUAGUCCUCUUUGUCUCUGAGUGGAUUGGAGUAGGCCGUACAGUAAACUAACUAACUUAGUCCUCUUUGUCUCUGGAGGGACACAAUGUGACUGGAGUCUGUCUUAACCACAGCUUGCAAGUACAGUAGAAAUCAUUCCUAAAUGCUGAUACAGGCUCAGAUAUUUUAAUUUCUUUCAUCCCCCUAAUGGUUAAGGUUAGUAUGAGGGUUAGAUCAUAUUUCCUAUGAUCCUGUAGAUCUGUUAAGAGCAGCUUUCUACCUAAAGAGACUUAAGUACUUGACAUGACUUCCAGAGCGACUGAGACAGUAUCACUGCUUAGUCGGAUGCCAGUGUCACAAAUCUCAUUUGGGCAGUCAACGGUCUAAGUGCCCUCCAUGGUAUGCCUUGAGGUCAGUUGAAUGUAUAGCCUAAAGGAUUAUAUAGGAUAAGCCUAUAGGACCCUGGGAUUCUUCAGAUUCUUCAGGAUAAGCUCAUGUUGCUAGAAGUGACUCUUAUCGAAACAAACAAAUAUUUUCACAUGGUCCAAACAAAUAUGUUCACGUUGCGUUUUCACCUGGUCCAAGAUAGUGGAGAUAGAGUAAAAACAUAAAUGAUAUGAUAAUCUCUAUCCUUAAUCUGGAUCCAGGAUACCGGCUUGUUACAAUGUUUAUUUCAAUUCUGGCAGCCAAUGUGGAAUGACCUCAUUCUGGGCUCUCACCAGUUCAAACAAUGACCAUUCGGUAUGUGCUAUUCUCCGGCAGGGCCGGAGCUGUGAUUUAGACACAGGCAGACUGCAUAUCAGUUUUGAUUGAUUGCCUGUCCUUCCUUCCUCCCUUCUCUCUUCCCAGGGAAGAGCAAAAAGCGAGACCAGUGUAAGAACAACCAGGUGUACCCCCUCAGCGAGAUCCAGUACUGCCCCUGUAACAAGUACAAUGCCCAGCCCGUGGGGAACUGGUCGGACUGCAUCCUACCUGAGGGUGGGCGUGUGGAGGGCCAGCUGGGCAUGAAGGUCCAGGGGGACAUCAAGGAGUGUGGCCAGGGCUACCGCUACCAGGCCAUGGUGUGUUACGACCAGGACAACAGACUGGUGGAGACGUCACGGUGCAACAGCCACGGUGAGUCCUAAAGGCCUCUCACCAACAUCCUAUUAUUGUUCAUGUGUAUAAGCUGUAAGUCACCUCGCUAUGUUAUGUUGGUUAGUCUACCUUUGUCACGGUGCAACAGCUACGGUGAGUCACUCGGAGUGUCUGAAACAUCCAGUGUCUCUCUUCAACCUCUACCAUCUCUCAUUAACUCACUUAAAGUUGUAUGCAUUAAACAUAGCCACUGUGAUUUAUACAAGGUGUCUGUAUUUCCAAUUAAAGGCAUGCUCAGUGAUUUGACAUCAUCAUACACAGCGAGACACUUCCUGUUACAGAAAACAACAACGACGAGUGUAGAGAAAUACAAGAUAAGGCAAUUGGAAACACUUUGGUUUUGGUCUUUGGAAUUCUCAUCAAUUUGUUACAGCUCCUUAUUUAAUAAAUUUAGAGAACGUUGUUCCCUUGUUCUCUCCAUCAAGAGAAUAAUUAUUCCACCAUUUACAUAUGUGUUCUAUUGAUUUGUCUCCAUUCAACCCAAUUUGCUGUUAGACUGGGAAUGCAGAGUUUCCCUCAUCUCACUGUCCUUUUCAGCAUCCCCUGAUUGUAAAUUCAAUAGAGAACAAAUUAAUGUGGUAACGGAGUGGAUGCAGGAUGCAGUCGCUCCGCCCCUAGCCCAAAUCUGUCAGAGGAACUUCAAUCAAAUUUCAAUCAAUCAAUCUAAUUUAUUUAUAAAGCCCUUUUUACAUCAGCAAAGUGCUUAUACAGAAACCCAGCCUAAAACCCCAAACAGCAAGCGAUGCAGAUGUAGAACAUCAGAGCUGCUUUCUUCCCAACUAGCUGUAUUAGCAUUUAGGAAUACACAGCAGCAUCGCCAUCGAACCAAUGCAGAGAAGAAAUGUAGGAAUCACAGUGCUGUCGUGUCUUCCAUGUUAACCCGUGGAAGACGCAGCACUUCGUCAAAGUGCUUAUAGCAGUGAGUGGGUUUCAGUGUUUGUUCUCUGUAAAAACCCAACCCUAUGAAUCAUAGCUUCACUUACAGUAUGGGGCCUGUGGUGUUGUUGAUGGUGUAGAACUGUGACGUGAUGAGACGUCACAAGCAAUUGCUAUUGCUGUACUCUAGCUAAUGCUAUUGUAUGUGUACCUCUCCAACACCACUGUGCCCUACACGUCACACUAUGCUUCGGGUGGCAUUUAUUCCAGCUUAAGCAACCAUAGGAGAUCAGUGAUGGUGCUAUAGCUACAGUGGGGAAAAAAAUUAUUUAGUCAGCCACCAAUGGUCCAAGUUCUCCCACUUAAAAAGAUGAUAGAGGCCUGUAAUUUUCAUCAUUGGUACACGUCAACUAUGACAGACAAAUUGAGAAAAAAAUUCCAGAAAAUCACAUUGUAGGAUUUUUAAUGAAUUUAUUUGCAAAUUAUGGUGGAAAAUAAGUAUUUGGUCACCUACAAACAAGCAAGAUUUCUGGCUCUCACAGACCUGUAACUUCUUCUUUAAGAGGCUCCUCUGUCCUCCACUCGUUACCUGUAUUAAUGGCACCUGUUUGAACUUGUUAUCAGUAUAAAAGACACCUGUCCACAACCUCAAACAGUCACACUCCAAACUCCACUAUGGCCAAGACCAAAGAGCUGUCAAAGGACACCAGAAACAAAAUUGUAGACCUGCAGCAGGCUGGGAAGACUGAAUCUGCAACAGGUAAGCAGCUUGGUUUGAAGAAAUCAACUGUGAGAGCAAUUAUUAGGAAAUGGAAGACAUACAAGACCACUGAUAAUCUCCCUCAAUCUGGGGCUCCACGCAAGAUCUCACCCCGUGGGGUCAAAAUGAUCACAAGAACGGUGAGCAAAAAUCCUAGAACCACACGGGGGGACCAAGUGAAUGACCUGCAGAGAGCUGGGACCAAAGUAACAAAGCCUACCAUCAGUAACACACUACGCCGCCAGGGACUCAAAUCCUGCAGUGCCAGACGUGUCCCCCUGCUUAAGCCAGUACAUGUCCAGGCCCGUCUGAAGUUUGCUAGAGUGCAUUUGGAUGAUCCAGAAGAGGAUUGGGAGAAUGUCAUAUGGUCAGAUGAAACCAAAAUAUAACUUUUUGGUAAAAACUCAACUCGUCGUGUUUGGAGGACAAAGAAUGCUGAGUUGCAUCCAAAGAACACCAUACCUACUGUGAAGCAUGGUGGUGGAAACAUCAUGCUUUGGGGCUGUUUUUCUGCAAAGGGACCAGGACGACUGAUCCGUGUAAAGGAAAGAAUGAAUGGGGCCAUGUAUCGUGAGAUUUUGAGUGAAAACCUCCUUCCAUCAGCAAGGGCAUUGAAGAUUAAACGUGGCUGGGUCUUUCAGCAUGACAAUGAUCCCAAACACACCGCCCGGGCAACGAAGGAGUGGCUUCGUAAGAAGCAUUUCAAGGUCCUGGAGUGGCCUAGCCAGUCUCCAGAUCUCAACCCCAUAGAACAUCUUUGGAGGGAGUCGAAAGUCCGUGUUGCCCAGCGACAGCCCCAAAACAUCACUGCUCUAGAGGAGAUCUGCAUGGAGGAAUGGGCCAAAAUACCAGCAACAGUGUGUGAAAACCUUGUGAAGACUUACAGAAAAUGUUUGACCUGUGUCAUUGCCAACAAAGGGUACACAGUGGGGGAAAAAAGUAUUUAGUCAGCCACCAAUUGUGCAAGUUCUCCCACUUAAAAAGAUGAGAGAGGCCUGUAAUUUUCAUCAUAGGUACACAUCAACUAUGACAGACAAAAUGAGGAAAAAAAAUCCAGAAAAUCACAUUGUAGGAUUUUUUAUGAAUUUAUUUGCAAAUUAUGGUGGAAAAUAAGUAUUUGGUCAAUAACAAAAGUUUAUCAAUACUUUGUUAUAUACCCUUUGUUGGCAAUGACACAGGUCAAACGUUUUCUGUAAGUCUUCACAAGGUUUUCACACACUGUUGCUGGUAUUUUGGCCCAUUCCUCCAUGCAGUUCUCCUCUAGAGCAGUGAUGUUUUGGGGCUGUCGCUGGGCAACACAGACUUUCAACUCCCUCCAAAGAUUUUCUAUGGGGUUGAGAUCUGGAGACUGGCUAGGCCACUCCAGGACCUUGAAAUGCUUCUUGCGAAGCCACUCCUUCGUUGCCCGGGCGGUGUGUUUGGGAUCAUUGUCAUGCUGAAAGAUCCAGCCACAUUUCAUCUUCAAUGCCCUUGCUGAUGGAAGGAGGUUUUCACGCAAAAUCACACGAUACAUGGCCCCAUUCAUUCUUUCCUUUACACGGAUCAGUCGUCCUGGUCCCUUUGCAGAAAAACAGCCCCAAAGCAUGAUGUUUCCACCCCCAUGCUUCACAGUAGGUAUGGUGUUCUUUGGAUGCAACUCAGCAUUCUUUGUCCUCCAAACACGACAAGUUCUAUUUUGGUUUCAUCUGACCAUAUGACAUAUGACAUUCUCCCAAUCCUCUUCUGGAUCAUCCAAAUGCACUCUAGCAAACUUCAGACGGGCCUGGACAUGUACUGGCUUAAGCAGGGGGACACGUCUGGCCCUGCAGGAUUUGAGUCCCUGGCGGCGUAGUGUGUUACUGAUGGUAGGCUUUGUUAAUUUGGUCCCAGCUCUCUGCAGGUCAUUCACUAGGUCCCCCCGUGUGGUUCUGGGAUUUUUGCUCACCGUUCUUGUGAUCAUUUUGACCCCACGGGGUGAGAUCUUGCGUGGAGCCCCAGAUCGAGGGAGAUUAUCAGUGGUCUUGUAUGUCUUCCAUUUCCUAAUAAUUGCUCCCACAGUUGAUUUCUUCAAACCAAGCUGCUUACCUAUUGCAGAUUCAGUCUUCCCAGCCUGGUGCAGGUCUACAAUUUUGUUUAUGGUGUCCUUUGACAGCUCUUUGGUCUUGGCCAUAGUGGAGUUUGGAGUGUGACUGUUUGAGGUUGUGGACAGGUGUCUUUUAUACUGAUAACAAGUUCAAACAGGUGCCAUUAAUACAGGUAACGAGUGGAGGACAGAGGAGCCUCUUAAAGAAGAAGUUACAGGUCUGUGAGAGCCAGAAAUCUUGCUUGUUUGUAGGUGAACAAAUACUUAUUUUCCACCAUAAUUUGCAAAUAAAUUCAUAAAAAAUCCUACAAUGUGAUUUUCUCGAUGUUUUUUCUCAAUUUGUCUGUCAUAGUUGACGUGUACCUAUGAUGAAAAUUACAGGCCUCUCUCACCUUUUUAAGUGGGAGAACUUGCACAAUUGGUGGCUGACUAAAUACUUUUUUUCCCCACUGUAUAACAAAGUAUUGAGAAACUUUUGUUAUUGACCAAAUACUUAUUUUCCACCAUAAUUUGCAAAUAAAUUCAUUAAAAAUCCUACAAUGUGAUUUUCUGGAUUUUAUUUUCUCAAUUUGUCUGUCAUAGUUGACGUGUACCUAUGAUGAAAAUUACAGGCCUCUCUCAUCUUUUUAAGUGGGAGAACUUGCACAAUUGGUGGCUGACUAAAUACUUUUUUUCCCCACUGUAUACAGGAGUCACUGGUAUUGUAGCUCUAUUGCUUCAACACCUCAAUUAACCUACCUGAUUGGCUCCCACACGUGCUAUGGAUUAAUUUAUUUUAUUUUUUAUAAUAAUGUAUUAUAUUAUUAUAAUAAAAAAAUGUAUACAUUAAAUUACAAAUAAAUACAAAUAAAAAAAGGAAAAUAAAUUAUAUUAAAAUACAUGGGACAUGAAAAGGUAUAUGGUUACCUACACACCUUUCAAACCAACUUUAGCAUCCAGACACAUUUUUUCUGCCUUUUGUUAUAUCUGAAAGGUGUUGCCGACAUCAAAGCCUAAACUUUUAUAUCCGCAAAAUGACCUAGUCAUGAUCAGAAACAUUUAGUAUGCAAUAAUGUAGCCUAAAUCAAGUGUAGGCCUAUUAUUUUGCUCGAUCACGAGACUAUAAUAUAGAUUGCUAUUAUUUUCUAUCAGUAUCAUGAUUGUAUUUAUUUUACCCUUAUUUUACCAGGUAAGUUAACUGAAAACACAUUCUCAUCUACAGCAACGACCUGGGGAAUAGUUACAGGGGAGAGGAGGGGUGAUGAAUGAGCCAAUUGGAAGCUGGGGAUGAUUAGGUGGCCAUGAUCGCAUGAGGGCCAGAUUGGUAAUUUAGCCAGGACACCAGGGUUAACACCCCUACUCUUAUGAUAAGUGCCACGGGAUCUUUUAGUGACCACAGAGAGUCAGGACACCCAUUUAACAUCCCAUCCGAAAGACGGCACCCAAUCACUGCCCUGGGGCAUUGGGAUAUAUAAUUUUUUUUGACCAGAGGAAGGAAUGCCUCCUAGUGGCCCUAAAACACCACUUCCAGCAGCAUCUGGUGUCCCAUCCAGGGACCGACCAGGACCGACACUACUUAGCUUCAGUAGCAAGCCAGCAGUGGGAUGCAGGGUGGUAUACUCUCAAUGUAAGACCCUACGCCUGCUCCCUAACAAAGUCAAGUGAGGGUAGGAAAGAGAUUGAACGUGGAUAAAAAAAUAAUGUUUUGAAUAAUGUUUCAAAAUAUCACUUUUUUAUAUGACAGCGGUUCCACAUGUUGCCAUGACGCAAGUUGUGUGGGAAAAAUAUUUGUUUUAUUUUAUUCUGUUAUAUUUCAUUAUAUUCUUAGCCUACUAUAAAACAUAUGUGUGUUGACUGUAAUCAGGGUAGCCUAAGUGUGUCUUGUCUGUUUAAUGAACAAAAUAACUAUUGAUUUCAGCCAUGUAGCCUAUAGACUGCACAUACCAGUAACAUAAUUAAACUCAAAAUAUGCCAUUCUAUUCUGUUGAAAUGACAUGUUAUUAGUCUUAUGUUUCUUAGGACCUGCCUAAAACCAAUGAUUAAUGGAUUUCUUUGUGAUGGUGUAUAUUCAAUGGAUUUAUUAAAAUAGAUGUCCACCCACAUCGGCCCAUGUCUACUCCCACUCCUAAACUUGCCGCCAUGUGCACGGGAGAUAUAAAAGGCUUAUCCAAGCAAGAAUGUGGUAAAAAUGGGACUGUAUGAAUUGGGUUCUAAAAAACAUUGUCUGUUUUCUUUUACAGGCAACAUACCAUAAAGUCUGUCUGUAAACGGUACUAUAGUGACAAUUGAAUUCCCUGCUUUACGUGGGCAUGGCAGGAUGGAUCCAUGUUAAAACCGAUAACGGGGAUGACUGGAGAGGUUGACAGUGAGCAAUCAAUGGGUGUGUUCUGAUAUGAUGGCCGGGUAUUAGUGUGAGUGGGAUUGCAGGUUCUGAGAAGCAGUGAUCAACAGGCAGACUCUUAUUGCCAGUGGUAUGACAGUAGUGGGGCGGGCACUGACAUUAUAGAGAGAUUGUAUGUCUUACAGUAGCUUCUCUACUACAGUAUACUGUUGGGAAAAAUGGUGCAGCAUAGAACCAAAAGGGUUUAAUAGCAUGUUUCAUAUGGCCAUCAAAAUGGCUCUAUAUAGAACCACAAAAACUAAACAAAAUCUGCAGUGUAUCUGUAGUAGCAUUACUGCAUCUGAAGAGUGUUUGUAAAUUACAUGGGUCAGUUCCUCGGGAAUUGGAUUGAUCUGAUUUGUCUUUUCAUUUCCAAAUAGUUGUUUUUGUGGGUCUUUUGGGAAUGGUAACCAGGUGACCUCCUUAAAAUGUAGAGGAAUUCUAAGUAUGUAACCAGACAAAGCCCAAAUACAAUGAGAUUAGGGGGUAAUCUAUUUGUAAAAACCCUGUUAGUCUUUGUUUGUAAAAUGUCCUAGAGGGAAAAAUAAACUACACUGUAUUUGUUCUUAUGAUCUCAUCUUACUUCAGCAAGUUCAAAAUCAUACAUUUGCCAGAUGUGAAAUAGUCUAAGAAAAAAUAAUUUAAACUCUAAAAUUCCUAAUUCGUAAUAUGUUCAUGUAUUUUCCACUGCUGUGGAUCCUCUCAGGUUACUGUGUUGUGAGCCACAACUUGUGACCUAGCUCCAGUAGCAGUAGUAGUAACACUCGAAACAGCUAAGAGCACUGACCUCCCUGCUCUUUCAGUGGACCAACGAGGAUCAGUAUCCACCCUCACCCAGAUAAAAAUAAAUAACAAGCAGAGAGAGAGGCACUCCUGCCAAAACCCCAUUAAUCAUUGCCUCUCUCCCUCCCACCAUCUCUCUCUCUCUUCCUCCAUCCAUCUCUCGCUGUCUGUCUCUCUCUCUCUCUCUCUUUCUCUCCGUUCUCUCUGUCUCUUUCUCUCUCUCUUGCUCUCUCUCUCUAUCUCUCUCUCCGACUGGCUCGCCCAGAAAACAACAGCCUUCUAAAUCGCACAACAGGCUGCUCCCCUCUUCUUCCAUUGUGUUUGCCAAGCUCCAGUAAACAGUGUUAUAAUGCUGUUUGUAGCACAGCACUGCCAUCUCAGUUAUUUAUAAUCCUCUCUGUAACUUUUUAUCCGUGUCAGUAGGAAUGUUGGAUUUACUCCAGGUGCUGUUUCAUUGAGAUAUUUUACAGUUGAAAGUUUCCAGAAUUUUGCAACCCAAUUUCACAGUAUGUUGUAUAACUGAAUACAGUAGCUUGAUGCAUCACCAACUGUGUAAACUGAUACAGAUACUGUCAGAUGAUGAAACUAUACUGAAGCCUAGUUGUCUCUCUUUGUGGUUUCAGGGUAUAUUGAGGAGGCUUGCAUAAUCCCCUGUCCGUCUGACUGUAAGCUCAGUGAGUGGUCCAACUGGUCACGAUGCAGCAAGUCCUGCGGCAGCGGGGUCAAAGUGCGUUCCAAGUGGCUGAGGGAGAAGCCUUACAACGGUGGUCGACCGUGCCCCAAACUGGACCAUGUCAACCAGGUGAGUGGGGGAUGUUCAUCACUCUUGGCCCUGUCUAGAAACAACCACUAGCCCUUACCCCAAAGACACAUGGAGAGAUCUGAGAGGAUUGGACAGAUUCUUUCCAUAUUGCUUAAACUUAUCACAUCUCCACAACUUAGUGUCUAGGGGGUAGAGGGUAAGGGAUAAGGGUUGUUUCUGGACAAGAAUAGAACAUGGUAGAGGGUAGAUGUCCCUGGCUUGUUUUAAUGUUUAAAUAAAAUACUUAGAUUAUGAUUUAAUGCAUUAGAUUAAAGGAACCAUGACAGUGUUUAUUUUUUAAUGAACCCAGAGUGGACAUCUUUCAGUGUUUUAUUCAAUGCUUGUACCCAUUUAUAUUUGAGUUAUUUAGCAGAUGCUCUAUCCAGAGCGACUUACAGGAGAAAUUCGAGUUAAGUGCCUUGCUCAAGAGCACAUCGGCAGAUUUGUGCACCUUGUCGGCUCGGGAAUUCGAACCAGCAACCUUUCGGUUGCCGGCCCAACGCUCUAACCGCUAGGCUACCUGCCAUGUAAGAUUAAAGAAGGGGAAGGAACUGUGAACUCUAUGCUCCUACAGAGAAACAAGAGAACAUGUUGUACUGCAUUCUAAUAAUCUGUUUCCCCGCUGUUCUUUUCUUCUUUUCCUGGGUGUAUGAACUGACACCAUCCAUAGGCUCAGGUGAGUGACUUGUCAUUGCCUUUUAUAGUGUUUUUGUACAGUUCAAUGUAUGCGCUAGCUCAAAUCUGCUCUUUACUAUUUCAUCAUAAACAGAUUUGGUACAAUACAUGCAUUUUUGCUAUGGGAUGGAUGGUGGUGUGACCGUUGGUGGCUAACGGUCUAGUGGUCUCUCACAAGGUGUAUGAGGUGGUGCCGUGUCUCAGUGACUGUGGUCAGUACGUGUGGGUGGCUGAACCCUGGAGUGUCUGGAAAGUCAGCAACGUGGACCUGAAGGAGAACUGUGGAGAAGGAGUGCAGACCAGAAAAGUCAGGUACGGACGAUCAGCUCUUAUAGGUACAACAACCUAUUUGACUUUAUUCAUUUUAGCUCCUAGUGGAGUGAAGGGCCGCGACAGUCUCUCCAACUAACCCUGUUCUGUGACGUUUACUUAGCUUCAUUCAUUCAAGGUGAUUCCUUCCUUCUUCACCUCGUCUUCAUCUCCUCUACAACAGCCAACAAUAAUUGUAUCAUAUUUUCAAAUCAAAUCAAAUUUUAUUGGUCACAUACACAUAUUUAGCAGAUGUUAUUGCGAGUGUAGCGAAAUGCUUGUGUUCCUAGCUCCAACAGUGCAGUAGUACCUAACAAUUCACAACAAUACACAAAUCUAAAAGUAAAAUAAUAGAAUUAAGAAAUACAGUAUAUAAAUAUUAGGACGAGCAAUGUCGGAGUGGUAUUGACAAAAAUACAGUAGAAUAGAAUACAGUAUAUACAUAUGAGAUGAGUAAAGCAGUAUGUAAACAUUAUUAAAGUGACUAGUGUUCCAUUAUUAAAGUGGCCAGUGAUUCCAUGUCUAUGUAUAUUGGGCAGCAGCCUCUAAGGUGCAGGGUUGAGUAACUGGGUGGUAGCCGGCUAGUGAUGGCUAUUUAACAGUCUGAUGGCCUUGAGAUAGAAGCUGUUUUUCAGUCUCUCGGUCUUGCUAACUUAUCGUCCCCCCUCUGUCCAGGUGUAUGCAGAAUACUAUCGAUGGGCCGUCAGACUCUGUGGAGGAUUACCUGUGUGACCCAGAGGAGAUGCCACUAGGGGCCAGAGACAGCCAGCUGCCCUGCCCUGAGGAAUGUGUCCUGUCUGACUGGGGGGCCUGGAGCCGCUGCUCACUGGUAAGGACAGAUACUGAUUACCUUGUUGUUUUAUCAUGUGCUGUUGGUGACCACUGAUACCUUGUUGUUUUAGCACCUAUUUUAUCACUGCAAUAUUUCAGAUAUUUUUGUGUUUUCUGGGUUUAGUUGGGAGCUAAGUAAUAUCCAUUUCAUUAGGUGGACCAAUGCAGGACUAUUCUAAUCUGUUAUAUUUUAAGGCUGUGGUGCAGGACACAUACUCAAAGCAAGAGUAGACUGCUUAAAGGGUUAACUAUCACCUGAAAAGCCCAAAGGUAUUAUGCUUCUGACCAUGGAUCUCUGUCUCACACCUUAACAUAUGGUAACUGGGCAAUCAUGCCAAGUGUCCACUUUCUAUUUAACCUGUUUCGGCCAUUUUCCCAUGGUGAGAAAUCCAAUUCACAGCAGAGCUCUUGCCAGCAACUCUCACUUUGGGUUUGCACCAAUUUAAGCGAUAGCCAUUCGGUAAGUGUGAUUCUCCUGUUGGGCUCUCACCAGUUUAGAAUGAUGCCAUUCGGUAAGUGUGAUUCUCCAGCAAGGCUCGUACCCAUUUAGGUGAUGUCCAUUUGGUAUGUGUUAUGUUCCUACUGGGCUCUCACCAAUUCAGUAUGAUGCUCCGGCAAGGCUUGCACCAAUUUAAGUGAUGUCUAUUCAGUAUGUGUUAUUCUCCGGUGGGAUAAUAGCUGUGGUUUAUCCUGAGAAAUUAAAGAAGGGAGAGAGGGUGGGAUAACUUUCAGCAGGGAAGAGGAUCUCAUGCAGCUCUAAAUAGUAUGCUGUGACCAAGGUAUUAUAGGAAAAUCUCUGGUGGAAGGAGGGGACCACCGUGUCGGUGUCUGUGUGUGUGUGUGCGCGUGUGGGAGAGUGCUGUGGAAACGUGUGUCUGUGAAACGUGCGUGAAAGUGUGAGCGUGUGUGUGUGCCCGUGGUGAACCUCUAGUGGGAAAAGGAGUCAACCGUGUCUCAUGCCCUGCCAUUCCCAGGCACUCUGCUACGGAUCCGUUGGGAAAGUUAAUGAUCAUGGAUACGAAAUAUGUCCCUGCAUAAGCAGGGGGAGACAGCACUCCAAAUUGAAAUGGUCUGAAACGACUUGAAUAGACCAGUUUAUCUUGUAAGGGUUGGUUGGGGAAAAUAGGCAGAGGUGGAAAUAGACAGAGGAUAAUGUAGGGAAAAAUAUAUAUUCAUGGCAAACCUUUUUCGAUUUGCUGGUCGGAAAGUGGUAACUUCACUUUAACAGGGUUUCAUAUUUGGUUUGCAUUAAACGUCAAACUAAAAGUGGAUUCCCUGACUUCUUGCUUUUGGUCUAGGCCAGGUUACUGUAAAAGCACUUAGUGACAAUGACUGAUGUAGAAAGGGCUUUAUAAAUUAAUCUGUUUGACUGAUUGAUUGACUUCUUCUCUGGUUUAAGCCAUGCAACAAAAUCAGCACUCGGGAGAGGACAGCAUUCCCCAUCCGCCAACCAGGAGAGGGAAAGCUGUGCCCCAAUACCACAGAGACAGAGCCCUGCAGCCUCAACAGCAACUGCUAUCACUACUCCUAUAACAUCACCGGUAAGCCAAAUGUCAGUCUGGAUUACUGCAUGCAAUGGAUGGUACCAGAGCCAUAUAUCAAUAUGGAAAUAUAUGGCUCUGGAUGGUAAAUACAGAAUUGAAUGUGAUCUUACCUCAAGUAUUUUUAGACCGCAUGACAUUUGAGAUUAAUGAAGUGCACUCGAGAGGAAAAGGGGUUGGGAUGUAAGCAGUCUCUUUUUUCACCUCAGGUUUCUUAUGCUUCUUUUUCAUGCAGAUUGGAGCACCUGUCAGCUGAGUGAGAGAGCUGUGUGUGGUAGUGGCAUCAAGACGCGCAUGCUGGACUGCGUACGAAGCGACGGAAAGUCUGUCGACCUCAAGUUCUGUGAAGAGGUGUGUGUUCUUCUCUUUCUAUUCCAUAGCUCAUUAGUCAUUAAUGAGAGUGAUUCUUCUGUCUUCAGAGUCCAGACAGGUUGCUGUUUGUGUGUUGCCUAGACAACUUGGGAACAGGGCAGAAGAAGAAUCUCUCAUACGCCACAAAUGGCCCAAUACAUUAUUUUUGUUUUCUUGUCUCUUUUAGCUGGGGCUGGACAGGAAGUGGCAGAUGAACGCUUCCUGUGUGGUGGAGUGUCCUGUCAACUGCCAGCUAUCUGAUUGGUCACCCUGGUCCGAAUGCACACAAAACUGUGGAUUAGCAGGUACGUCACCAUCUCCUUAACCCACUCUUUGUGACAAAAAUAUGAUUCCAUGUUAGAAUGCUGAGAAUGCGUUCAAGGCUAAUCAAACCCAAUUCUGAAGGGCUAGCCACAACAAAGAAGUAACAGAGAACUUAUUAAGUGGUCCAUUCACCUGUCUAUUUCACCUAUCUAUUUUUCUAUUGAUCCAAGCAUAGUGGAUAGUCUGUGACUAGAAGUCAUUUGACUACAGUACCAGUCAAAAGUUUGGACACACCUACUCAUUCAAGGGUUUUUCUUUAUUUUUACUAUUUUCUACAUUGUAGAAUAAUAGUGAAGACAUCAAAACUAUGAAAUAACACAUAUGGAAUCAUGUAGUAACCAAAAAAGUGUUAAACAAAUCAAAAUAUAUUUUAUAUUUGAGAUUCUUUAAAUAGCCACCCUUUGCCUUGAUGACAGCAUUGCACACUCUUGGCAUUCUCUCAACCAGCUUCACCUGGAAUGCUUUUACAACAGUCUUGAAGGAGUUCACACAUAUGCUGAGCACUUGUUGGCUGCUUUUCCUUCACUCUGCCGUCCGACUCAUCCCAAACCAUCUCAAUUGGGUUGAGGUCGGGUGAUUGUGGAGGCCAGGUCAUCUGAUGCAGCACUCCAUCACUCUCCUUCUUGGUCAAAUAGCCCUUACACAGCCUGGAAGUGUGUUUUGGGUCAUUGUCCUGUUGAAAAACAAAUGAUAGUCCCACAAUGCGCAAACCAGAUGGGAUGGCGUAUCGCUGCAGAAUGCUGUGGUAGCCAUGCUGGUUAAGUGUGCCUUGAAAUCUAAAUAAAUCACAGACAGUGUCACCAGCAAAGCACCCCUACACCAUAACACCUCCUCCUCCAUGCUUCACAGUGUGAACUACACAUGCGGAGAUAAUUCGUUCACCCACACCGCGUCUCACAAAAACACGACGGUUGGGACCAAAAAUCUCACAUUUGGACACAAAUUUCCACCGGUCUAAUGUCCAUUGCUCGUGUUUCUUUGCCCAAGCAGGUCUCUUCUUAUUAUUGGUGUCCUUUAAUAGUGGUUUCUUUGCAGAAAUUCGACAAUGAAGGCCUGAUUCACAUAGUUCCUUCUGAACAGUUGAUGUUGAGAUGUGUCUGUGACUUGAACUCUGUGAAGCAUUUAUUGGGCUACAAUUUCUGAGGCUGGUAACUCUAAUGAACUUAUCCUCUGCAGCAAAGGUAACUCUGGGUCUUCUAUUCCUGUGGCGGUCCUCAUGAGAGCCAGUUUCAUCAUAGCGUUUGAUGGUUUUUGCAAAUACACUUGAAGAAACUUUCAAAGUUCUUGAAAUGUUCUGUAUUGACUGACCUUCAUAUCUUAAAGUAAUGAUGGACUGUUGUUUCUCUUUGAUUAUUUGAGCUGUUCUUGCCAUAAUAUGGACUUGGUCUUUUACCAAAUAGGGCUAUCUUCUGUAUACCCCCCUACCUUAUCACAACACAACUGAUUGGCUCAAAUAAAUUCCGCAAAUUAACUUUUAAGAAGGCACACCUGUUAAUUGAAAUGCAUUCCAGGUGACUACCUCAUGAAGCUGGUUGAGAGAAUGCCAAGAGUGUGCAAGAUUGUCAUCAAGGCAAAGGGUGGCUAUUUGAAGAAUCUCAAAUCUCAAAUAUAUUUGGAUUUGUUUAACACUUUUUUGGUUACUACAUGAUUCCAUAUGUGUUAUUUCAUAGUAUUGAUGUCUUCACUAUUAUUCUACAAUGUAAAAAAUUGUAAAAAUAAAGAAAAACCCUUGAAUGAGUAGAUGUUCUAAAACUUUUGACUGUAUGUAGUGUUGAAGUCGUAAGUUUACAUAAACCUUAGCCAAAUACAUUUAAACUCAGUUUUUCACAAUUCCUGACAUUUAAUCCUAUUAGAAAUUCCCUGUCUUAGGUCAGUUAGGUUCACCACUAUAUUUUAAGAAUGUGAAAUGUCAGAAUAAUAGUAGAGAGAAUGAUUUAUUUCAGCUUUUAUUUCUUACAUCCCAUUCCCAGUGGGUCAGAAGUUUACAUACACUCAAUUAGUAUUUGGUAGCAUUGCCUUUAAAUUGUUUCACUUGGGUCAAACGUUUCCACAAGCUUCCCACAAUAAGUUGGGUGAAUUUUGGCCCAUUCCUCCUGACAGAGCUGGUGUAACUGAAUCAGGUUUGUAGGCCUCCUUGCUCGCACACGCUUUUUCAGUUCUGCCCACAAAUGUUCUAUAGGAUUGAGGUCAGGGAUUUGUGAUGGCCACUCCAAUACCUUGACUUUGUUGUCCUUAAGCCAUUUUGCCACAACUUUGGAAGUAUGCUUGGGGUCUUUGUCCAUUUGGAAGACCCAUUUGCGACCAAGCUUUAACUUCCUGACUGAUGUCUUGAGAUGUUGCUUCAAUAUAUCCACAUAAUUUUCCUUCCUCAAGAUGCCAUCUAUUUUGUGAAGUGCACUAGUCCCUCCUGCAGCAAAGCACCCCCACAGUAUGAUGCUGCCACCCCCGUGCUUCAUGGUUGGGAUGGUGUUCUUUGGCUUGCAAGCGUCCCCCUUUUUCCUCCAAACAUAACGAUGGUCAUUAUGGCCAAACAUUUAUAUUAUUAUUUCAUCAGACUAGAGGACAUUUCUCCAAAAAGUAUGAUCUUUGUCCCCAUGUGCAGUUGCAAACCGUAGUCUGGGUUUUUAAUGGCAGUUUUGGAGCAGUGGCUUCUUCCUUGCUGAGCGGCCUUUCAGGUUAUGUCGAUAUAGGACUCGUUUUACUGUGGAUUUAGAUACAAUUGUACCAUUUUCCUCCAGCAUCUUCACAUGGUCCUUUGCUGUUGUUCUGGGAUUGAUUUGCACUUUUCGCACCAAAGUACGUCAAUCUCUAGGAGACAGAACGCGUCUCCUUCCUGAGCGGUAUGACGGCUGCGUGGUCCCAUGGUGUUUAUACUUGCGUAGUAUUGUUUGUACAGAUGAACGUGGUACCUUCAGGUGUUUGGAAAUUGCUCCCAAGGAUGAACCAGACUUAUGGAGGUCAACAAUUGUUUUUCUGAGAUCUUGGCUGAUUUCUUUUGAUUUUCCCAUGAUGUCAAGCAAAGAGGCACUGGAUUUUAAGGUAUGCCUUGAAAUACAUCCACAGGUACUCCUCCAAUUGACUCAUAUUAUGUCAAUUAGCCUAUCAGAAGCUUCUAAAGCCAUGACAUCAUUUUCUGGAAUUUUCCAAGCUGUUUAAAGGCACAGUCAACUUAGUGUAUGUAAACUUCUGACCCACUGGAAUUGUGGUACAGUGAAUUAUAAGUGAAAUAAUCUGUCUGUAAACAAUUGUUGGAAAAAUGACUUGUGUCAUGCACAAAGUAGAUGUCCUAACCGACUUGCCAAAACUAUAGUUUGUUAACAAGAUAUUUAUGGAGUGGUUGAAAAACGAAUUUUAAUGACUCCAACCUAAGUGUUUGUAAACUUCCGACUUCAACUGUAUCUAUCCAUCCAAGUAUAUUAUAGUCCACAUUAUAGCACUGUAUAUUAUAGUAUAGGGUGUGAAUUUGAAGGCAUGGUGGGUAGUCUGUGAGUCAUUCCUCAUUGCAGGUUCACAGAGCUGCUGAUCAACAGCACACACAGCUCAGAAACAGCCAGAGCCUCUCCUCCGAGGUAAUGGCUGAAACGGGAAGCGUUUUAUGAUGUGAGAGAGAAACGAUUGUGAGCCUUAAACCAACUGAGAGUGAUGGAGGAAUGGGGGAGGGAUGAUGAUGUCCUCGUGUGUAAUUCUAUAGGAUCAGAGGAUUGAUUGGCGGUCCAUUAAAACUGUGUGCUCUGGGCCUGAGGGACCACUCCACCACUCCAGGAGUCCUUAAGAGCACUGGCCAGUGUCGUAGUUGGCCAGAGAGCAAAUACAGGCCAAGAUAUGAAAGCUAUACAGGCUCUAGCUAUUAUGGGAGCCCUUAAUCUGUCCCCAGGCAACAUGAGGAUUUGCCACAGGAUAGAGUAGCAGCAGUUGAACCACAGGAAGAGGAGAGGAAGAAAACAGCUUCUCACACUCACUACUUUUCUUCCUGGAGUAGAUUUUUAAUCUCCAUGUCGGAUGGCAGGACACAGUUACGUUGAGUAGCUAAUAUCUGUUCCUGAGCCAGGAAUAGCAAUGAGUUGCAGGUUAUAGUUUUUUUUCUAAAGGAAAUGGAGACACCAGGAAGCACCAAUGUGUCGUAUCAAUCAGUGUGAUGUAAACACCAACACAGGCACGCGCAGGCACACACGCACGCACACACACACACACACACACACACACACACACACACACACACACACACACACACACACACACACACACACACACACACACACACACAAACACAAUUACUUUCAAAGACAUUCAAAUACAUUUUAAUAUUGGAACGUAUUUGGAAAUACACUUGGAAAUCAUUUGACAAUACUUUCAAAUACUUACAAUAGAAGUAGUUGAUUCCCGCCAUAUUAUUUGAAAAUAUUCAAAGAAAAAUAAGUAUUUCAUAAUAAAUACUCCAAUGUAUUUGAACCCAGGUCUUUCACACACACAUACACACACACAAACACACACACACACACACACACACUAGUUUCCCAGGGCAUAUCAGACCUGUGUGCAUAGAUAAUCACAGUCAUGUGUGUUCCUCGGCCAAACACUGAUAGCGACAGCUGGCACUAGCUUCAUCCUUUCCCAGCGGCCCACCCAGUCACACACUGCUCCUCACCCCCAAACUCACCGCUGCCAUAGACCACCUGUCGAGUGAGUAGAUGAGUAGAGAGACAGCACCGGAGAGCACAGAAUCAGAAUCCCCUUGGAGAAUAAUAGUUACCAUGGCAGCACACAAUAGUGAACCUCCCCUUGAGUGAACCACCUUUAAAAAAAGCACACGAGAGAAUCUCAGGAAAACCCUGACUGCUGAUAAAAAAUAACUGGGAGUUUACUUCUCUCACGGUUUCACAGGGUCUAAACCCUUUGAAGGAAGGAGAGACCCUCUACGGGGGCACACAUCAUGGCAUGCAUCAUGGAAUGACAUGGAAUCACUGGCCACUUUAAUAACGUUUACAUACCGCAUCUCAUAUGUAUAUACUGUAUUCUAUUCUACUGUAUUUUAGUCAAUGCCACAUCGACAUUGCUCGUCCUAAUAUUUAUAUAUUUCCUUAUUCCAUACUUUUACUUUUAGAUUUUUGUAUUGUUGUGAAUUGUUAGAUACUACUGCACUGUUGGAGCUAGGAACACAAGCAUUUCGCUACACUCGCAAUAACAUCUGCUAAAUAUGUGUAUGUGACCGAUAACAUUUGAUUUGAUCACGGUGGGUUCACCAGCAGAUGAAUUGGUAGCUGUGUGAGACUAGAGAAUAGCUGCAGGCUUCACCAAGCCCGGGGGACUCCGUUCUAAUUGUGUUCAACAUUAAGGAGCAGUAUAUGCCUCUCAGGCCCUGUGCGUGUGCAGUCAGCCUUGGAGAAAAUAACACUGCCACAUGGAGAUAAUAUCAAUUACGUCUACAGUGUACCGCAGAGAAGGAAAGUGGCGAAUGUAUUCGAGGGAUGGGAACUUCAUUUGAUGUAGCAUCAACUGAAUUGAUAUUAUGAACAAAAUAUAGACAGGGAGUGGAGCUAGGAGUAUAGUAGAGGACUGGCCACCCCUCUGAGCCUGGUUCCUCUCUAGUGGAGCUAUAGGAGUAUAGUAGAGGACUGGCCACCCCUCUGAGCCUGGUUCCUCUCUAGUGGAGCUAUAGGAGUAUAGUAGAGGACUGGUCACCCCUCUGAGCCUGGUUCCUCUCUAGUGGAGCUAGGAGUAUAGUAGAGGACUGGCCACCCCUCUGAGCCUGGUUCCUCUCUAGUGGAGCUAUAUGAGUAUAGUAGAGGACUGAUCACCCCUCUGAGCCUGGUUCCUCUCUAGUGGAGCUAUAGGAGUAUAGUAGAGGACUGAUCACCCCUCUGAGCCUGGUUCCUCUCUAGUGGAGCUAUAGGAGUAUGUAGAGGACUGUCACCCCUCUGAGCCUGGUUCCUCUCUAGUGGAGCUAUAGGAGUAUAGUAGAGAACUGGCCACCCCUCUGAGCCUGGUUCCUCUCUAGUGGAGCUAUAGGAGUAUAGUAGAGGACUGAUCACCCCUCUGAGCCUGGUUCCUCUCUAGUGGAGCUAUAGGAGUAUAGUAGAGGACUGGCCACCCCUCUGAGCCUGGUUCCUCUCUAGUGGAGCUAUAGGAGUAUAGUAGAGGACUGGCACCCCUUUGAGCCUGGUUCCUCUCUAGUGGAGCUAUAGGAGUAUAGUAGAGGACUGGCCACCCCUCUGAGCCUGGUUCCUCUCUAGUGGAGCUAUAGGAGUAUAGUAGAGGACUGGCACCCCUCUGAGCCUGGUUCCUCUCUAGUGGAGCUAUAGGAGUAUAGUAGAGGACUGGCCACCCCUCUGAGCCUGGUUCCUCUCUAGUGGAGCUAUAGGAGUAUAGUAGAGGACUGGCCACCCCUCUGAGCCUGGUUCCUCUCUAGUGGAGCUAUAUGAGUAUAGUAGAGGACUGGUCACCCCUCUGAGCCUGGUUCCUCUCUAGUGGAGCUAUAGGAGUAUAGUAGAGGACUGGCCACCCCUCUGAGCCUGAUUCCUAUCUAGCUUUCUUCCAAGGUACCUUUUUUCUAGUGAGUUUUACCUGGCCCCUGUGAUUCUUAUUUUGCAUUGCUUGCUCUUUGGGGUUUUCGGCUGGGUAUAAUAAUAUAAUAUAAUAAUAUGCUCUUUAGCAGCCGCUUUUAUCCAAAGCGACUUACAGUCAUGCAUGCACACAUUUUUGUGUAUGGGUGGUCCCGGGGAUCAAACCCACUACCCUGGCGUUACAAGCGCCGUGCUCUACCAGCUGAGCUACAGAGGACCACCCAUCUGUAAAGCACUUUGUUACAACUGCUGAUGUAAAUAAAGAGGGCUUUAUAAAAUACAAUUUAAUUUGAUCAACUGAUUUGAGUUAGGAGGGGAGUAAUUGUGACUGUGAAGGAAAUACUGUACAUGGGACAAUUGACCUGUAAGAGUUAAGUACCGGGUUAGAAUGGAUGGUCCUAUAGGCAAGCACUGUGGAUGGAUGGUCCUAGAACAGGGAUGUCGAUGGAUGAGACAAUUAUAUUUUUUGUUAUUCAAUUUUCAUAGUGCUAUAGUUUACAGGACCUCGUUUUUGAAGUGGUAUGCAUUACUGAAAGUGAAUGUAUUAUAUCAUUUUGGGAUAGUUACGUUUUAAGAAUGCGGUAGGCAGAAAUGCUAAACCCCAUGCGUUUCCCAUGAGACACCAUCUAAUUGACUGAGUUAUAUCAGGUCUAUCCCCCGGGCCCCUCACUUAACAUGCAGGGUGUAUUUUUGGUAGAAGGAGCACUCCUUCCUGUCCCCCAUUACUCAUUCCCCUGACAUUACACAGUCUCUUCAAUUCCAUUUGUAAACAACAGAAGAGUAUGAAUAUUCAGAAUGACUACGGGCGUUGGAAUUACUAUCUAAAAUUGCACCACAAGAUUAAAUCAUUUGAAGGAUAGCAGAACUUGGAGGGAGAGGGAGAGGGAGGGAGAGAGAGAGAGAGAGAGAGAGAGAGAGAGAGAGAGAGAGAGAGAGAGAGAGAGAGAGAGAGAGAGAGAGAGAGAUAAUCGUGUAAUGUGAUAGUGAUCUUUUACAGUGAAGCCCCUCAAAGAGCCUCAUAUCAUUGUGAUGGAACUGGAUAUGAGUCAUAUACAUGAUAGAGUAUAUCUGGGGGCGUCUAUGAUUCUGUUACCACAAUACCGUAUUCUCUACUUAAAGAACUUAAAAGACUCCCAAUCUUUAAUGACAUUACAAGGAUGUAUUCAGUCAUGACUGGUUGGGAACCACAUUUCUGGCAUAUGUUUUAAUAUGUUGAGAAAAAAAAUUCUUCCCCCCAGCACAAUAAGAAUGCAUGUUUAACAAUUUUUGUUUUGUUGACUAUCCAAAAAAACAAAAGACCUAAUUUGUUUUGGACAGGGCCUUGGACACUCCAUCAUCCACUUGACAGACAGAAGUGUGAAAUAACUAAAAUUACUAAUGGCGCAUUCGUAAAUUCACUCUGGCUAUCUACUCCGAUUUCAGAGCACUCUCGUCUGAGUGUGCCAUAGUGCAGAAUAACUGAAUAUGAACAGUGUCAGUAAACGUCGGCAAAAAAGUGUAAUUAAAUUGUUGCCAGCAGCACAGUUACAGUCACUAACGCUCUAGACAACAUGAAAACAGCCUAACCACCUCUGCUAGGGCGAGUAAAAUAGUCAGAGUGAGGUGUUCUCUCAUUUGUGUCUGGAAAUAGCCAGUUAGCUUGGGUGCAUGACUGCUGUUGUGAGGUCAGAAUGCUCAGAUCAACCCUACUCCUCGGCCAGAGCGUCCAGUGUGCGCUCGGAAUGCUCCAAGAGCGAAACACUCUGAAUUUACGAACAGACAAUCUGACAACGGUCUCAAUUUACGAACGAAACCAAAGUGCACUUUGACACACUGGAGGCAAUUUACAAACGCACCCUUAGUGGGGAAAAAUCCAUAAUUUACACCUUCCUCUCUCCUCUCCAGGGAAGCUGUGGCGCAGGAGAACGGUGCUCCAGGUGCCCCAGGGUGAUGGGCGACCCUGCCCCCCUCAGAGGGAACAGUGGAAGCCUUGCCCCGUCAGACCCUGCUACCAAUGGAGAUACAGCUCCUGGUCCGAGUGCAAGUCUGAGGUGAGGUGUUCUAUCUCUCUCACUCUCUCUCUCUCUGUCUCUGUCUCGCUCUCUCUCUCUCUCUCUCUCUUUCUUUCUCUCUCUCUCUCUCUCUCUCUCUCUCUCUCUCUCUCUCUCUCUCUCUCUCUCUCUCUCUCUCUCUCUCUCUUUCUUUCUUUCUUUCUUUCUUUCUUUCUCUCUCCCUUUCUUUCCAUCUAUCUCUCACACACUUUCUGUUUUGUCUGUCUCUGUCUCUUUCUCUUUAUUUCUCUCUUUCUUAUUUGCCAGAAGCAUCUAUAUUUUUGACAGACAGGGCACUGUAUUCUAUUGCAGAGUAAGGGAAUGUUGACACUCCUUUGUUCUGGGCUGUUUUCUCCUCCUUCUGGAGUUUCUGACAGCAGACAGUAGCUCAUCAGCAGCCUACAGCACAAUCCUAGACUAGCUGUUAUUUCUGGCAAACCAAAGAUCAAUGUCAUGGCCUUGACAGGCAUAGAAACUCUGAACUAUAACAGUGAACCUGGUGGGUAACCAUGCCUGAGACCUGAAGACUUGUGUUAGCUUCCCAAGCUAAUGCCUAGGCUUUAGCUCAGAGGGCUAAAGCCUACACACAAUGGCAAUCUGUGACACAAAAUUAAAUGGCUAUGGAGGUGUAUUUUAACCUGUAUUUUCUCUCUAUGUUUAUCGUCCAGGGUGCGAGGUGCGGAGAGGGGCUGCGGUUCCGUAACGUGUCCUGCUUUGUGUCGGACGGGUCUGGCCAGGGAGAGGGCAACCUGGUGGAUGAUGAGCUGUGUGGAAACCUUGAGCCCUCAGUAGACGGCGACAAACAGAUCACCCUGGAAGAACCUUGUACCUCGCCCUGUCCAGGUAACUAACUUAACUUGGCCUGCAAUGACUGGGGAUCCAGAGUCCUGGACAAUGGACCCAGUCCCUAGAUAAGAGGCUGCCAAGAUCUGACCAGGGAAAACGCCUGACCCUAUGAUCAGUAAAGAUUCUCCUCUGAGCAUCCAUCUAAUCUACUAUGUAACUAGUUCAACACAGCAAUCUGGUUACAAUGUGGAACAUUAAUGGUGUUUUGUAGAUUUGUAUAGGUCUGUCUGGUUGAGAAAGCCCCUUGUCCUUUGACGUUCUUUACCAAAUAUGCAGAGACAUUUUGCUGUGCCUUUUAGGCUGAGCUGAGUUCACUACUGCCAUUAAAUCACAUUUAUAUGGUCCUAGCUGUGUUAUAUGCUAGUCCAGCUCUCUCAUAACAUGAAUCUCUUAGGAGCAGUAUCCUGCUGACACUGACAGUAAACACUGAUGACUGGAUGGUUAAAUACUCUGGUGCUAGAGAGCACUGCUACAGUGUGUCAUUCUCUGUUUCAUAGUGAUGUUGACUGACAUUGUAGGGAAUCCAACAAGCUAGUAAAGUGAGGUUUCUAAGAUCUGAUUAUAUGAAUACAUUAUUUCCUUAUCUCCAAUGACAUGAAAGUGGAGAUAACUCAAUUAUUUUCUCUUCUGAGUAAAAACCUUUCAACGUCAUACAUUUCAGAGAGUUGCUAGGGAAAAAAGUGGAUCUGAAAACGACUAGUAUGAACACUAUUUUUACAGUCCGCAUUUGCUUUUUUGCCAGUGCCUGUGAAUGACAGAUCCAACGUCCCAUUUUGACAGCUCCUCUGUAGCAGAAGUAGAGAGUUGUGACACAAACUCAUGCAGCAGAAAAUUGUGUGUGGUGUUUGUGUGUGUGCGUGUGUCUGUGUGCGUGUGUGUGUGUGCAUGUUUGUGUGUGCGCAUGUGUUUGUGCAUGUGCGUGUCCAGAGCUGUGGUAGUUGUGGACACGUGUGUAGUCAUAGUCAUCUUUGUAACGUUACUCUACUUCCCUACUAUCUUACUAAUCAUUGCCCUCACACAUAUCACAAAAACCCUCAGCCUGUGGCCUACUAAGUCUACAUAGCCAGCUCUAAUCUCCAGUGGUAUAGCUCAGGCAGCCAGGACAGAGGAGGCAGGUAAUCUCCACUUGAAACCCCACCAGACAUCACCUCUCUCCCCCUCCUCUACCUCAUCACACCCCUGCCUCCCUUGCCUGAUCGUAGCCCAGUCCAUGACCCCACCAUGCCUGACGCACGUACUCUGAUAAUCAUAAGGCGGAUUAGGCCUCUUUGGACCUGGCGGCUUUAUGAUUAAUUAAUAUUUAGACGUGUGCUCACUUCCUCCCUGCCACUACAAUGGGAUGAAUGAAUGACUCUGACCUAUUUUAAUGAUCCAAGCUAGAAUAGAGGAUAAUGAAAAAUGGGAUCUGGCUCUGUUGGGGAAAUAUUUGAGGACAGGUUUAAUUAUUACAAUUACAUUUACAUUUUAGUCAUUUAGCAGACGCUCUUAUCCAGAGCGACUUACAUGAGCAAUUAGGGUUAAGUGCCUUGCUUAAGGGCACAUCGACAGAUUUUUCACCUAGUCGGCUCAGGGAUUAGAACCAGCGACCUUUCGGUUACUGGACACAACGCUCUUACCCACUAAGCUACCUGCCGCCCCAGGGAUAGGGUUUAAACCAACAAAAAAAAAAUGAAUUCUCUGAAGAAGUCUGAAAAUUCUGCCUAGUGACAAUCAGUGUGGACAUAGGAUGACAUCUAAACCAAAUAAAAGUAAUAUUCAAGUUUCCCAUUAUAAUGAUGUAGUGCCAGGGCCAGGAAUAUUGUGACCAUGAUAAACUCUGGCGCCAUGGUCAGGUUACAUGGUUAACAGUAACAUCUCAUAUAGUACUGGACAUUCUCAACUGUGUACAGCUAAAUGUGUUGAAGGUUGUGUACUGUGUGUUUCUGUACAGGUGACUGCUACCUGACUGACUGGACACUGUGGAGCCCGUGCCAGCUGAGCUGUGUCAGUGGAGAUGACCUGGGUUUCGGCUCAGUGCAGGUCAGAUCCAGAGCGGUGCUGGCCCAGGAGCCAGAGAACCUACUGCAGUGUCCAGAACAGGAGUGGGAGGCUCGGCCCUGCACUGGUCAGUCUACAAACACACACACACAUACACACAUUCAAAAAUACACACUUGCAUUUGUCCCUUUAUGAUAUUAUAUGAACUAUUUGUAGUCUGUACUGACCCAUAACUCUCCUCCCACUACAGAGGGCCAGUGUUAUGAGUAGUCUGUACUGACCCACAUUUCUCCUCCCACUACACAGGGCCAGUGUUAUGAGUAGUCUGUACUGACCCACAUCUCUCCUCCCACUACAGAGGGCCAGUGUUAUGAGUACAAGUGGAUGACAGGAGCGUGGAGAAGCUCCUCUCGACUGGUCUGGUGUCAGAGAUCUGAUGGAUUAAAUGUCACAGGUAUGUGUCUGUGUGUGUGUGUGUGUGUGUGUGUGUGUGUGUGUGUGUAUGUGUGUGUGUGUGUGUGUGUGUGUGUGUGUGUGUGUGUGUGUGUGUGUGUGUGUGUGUGUGUGUGUGUGUGUGUGUGUGUGUGUGUGUGUGUGUGUGUGUGUGUGUGUGUGUGUGUGUGGAUAGUAUAACAAGGAAAAUCUGGACAAGUGGGAACAUUUCGCAGAUCCCCACAAGGAAAAAUACUAUUUUAGGCUUAGGGGUUAGGUUCAGGGUUAGGGGUUUGGAGUUAAGGUUAGGGUUAGGGUUAAGGUUAAGGUUAGGGUUAGUAUUAGGGUUAGGGGUUAAAAAAAUAGGAUUUUGAAUGGGAAUCAAUUGUUUGGUCCCCACAAACGUAGUAAAACAAAUGUGUGUGAGUGUUUGUGUGCUGCUUAUACCCCAACCCCCGUCAGAAUGCAACCACCAACACUCCUUCUUAUAAACUAAUCCCUUUAUAUAUUUGCCUACUUCAUAUGCCGCUGAAGAGAAGUCACUAAACCCUUCUCUAAGGACGAGUUUUGAGUGGUAUCCUACUGUAGCAAAAUACUCGAUUUAGUAGCUACAUUAUCAAAACUGGAUGAAUGUGUGCGAUGUGAAUUAGCUCAGAAGCUCCAAUGAAUAGUACAAUACAGUUCUGCUACAGUCAGCCACCCAGCCCAGCUCUCUCCAGGUCGGGUGCCUCUUUGGCUGAUGAUGAUGAGGUGGAUACGGUUAUUUAAAACCCUGUCUCUGCCUGUCGGAGCGAGUGGAAUUUGUUUGUUCGAAGAAGAGAGAGAUUGCUUUCCGAGCACUUCCUGACUGCCUGUCACUGUGGAGCUGAGGCUGCGUGUAUGUGUGCAUGCAUUCCUGUGUGUAUGCCGGCGUGCCACCGAGUGUGCGUGUGUAUGUGUUAGUGUGUGUGUAGGAGAUGAGGAGGAUUUAAUCCUUGACGAUGACACAUUUCAAAUCUGUUAGCCGUCACACGUCAGCUUUAGGUCUGUGACUGCUGCCUUUGCCUCGGUGGUGCUCAGAGCUAGGAGAUGCCAGAAGAAGAGUUACAGUGUAUAUGUCACUUAUCAUGAAGGAUGCGUGUCUUAUUCAGCGAUGAAUCAUCUGAGGAAUGAAUAACCACUGACUACUAGCAGUGACUUUGCUGACAACUUGUUUAUUGUGGAAAAAUUGACUUACUACGACUGUGAUAAUGAUGUGGUUGUCUCAACUAGUUACACUAUAUAUACAAGAGUAUGUGGACACCCCUUCAAAUUAGUGGAUUCGGCAAUUUCAGCCACACCCGUUGCUGACAGGGGUAUAAAAUCGAGCACACAGCCAUGCAAUCUCCAUUGACAAACAGUGGCAGUAGAAUGGCCUUACUGAAGAGCUCAGUGACUUUCAACGUGGCACCGUCAUAGGAUGCCACCUUCCAACAAGUCUGUUUGUCAAAUUUCUGUCCUGCUAGAGCUGCCCCGAUCAACUGUAAGUGCUGUUAUUGUGAAGUGGAAACGUCUAGGAGCAACAACAGCUCAGCCGCGAAGUGGUAGGCCACACAAGCUCACAGAAUGGGACCAACGAGUGCUGAAGCGCGUAGCGCGUAAAUAUCGUCUGUCCUCGGUUGCAACACUCACUACCGAGUCCAAACUGCCUCUGGAAGCAACGUCAGCACAAUAACUGUUCAUCGGGCGCUUCAUGAAAUGGAUUUCCAUGGCCGAGCAGCCGCACACAAUCCUAAAAUCACCAUGCGCAAUGCCAAGCGUCGGCUGGAGUGGUGUAAAGCUUGCCACCAUUGGACUCUGAAGCAGUGGAAACGCGUUCUCUGGAGUGAUGAAUCAGGCUUCACCAACUGGCAGUCCGACGGACAAAUCUGGGUUUGGCGGAUGCCAGGAGAACGCUACCUGCCCGAAUGAAUAGUGCCAACUGUAAAGUUUGGUGGACGAGAAAUAAUAGUCUGGGGCUGAUUUUCUUGGUUCGGGCUAGGCCCCUUAUUUCCAGUGAAGGGAAAUCUUAACGCUACCUCAUACAAUGACGUUCUAGACGAUUCUGUGCUUCCAACUUUGUGGCAACAGUUUGGGGAAGGCCCUUUCCUGUUUCAGCAUGACAAUGCCCCCAUGCACAAAGCGAGGACCAUACAGAAAUGGUUUGUCGAGAUCGCUGUGGAAGAACUUGACUGGCCUGACCUCAACCCCAACUUUGGGAUUAAUUGGAACGCCGACUGCGAGCCGGCCCUAAUCGCCCAACAUCAGUGCCCGACCUCACUAAUGCUUUUGUGGCUGAAUGGAAGCAAGUCUUCGCAGCAAUGUUCCAACAUCUAGUGGAAAGCCUUCCCAGAAGAGUGGAGGCUGUUUUAGCAGCAAAGGGGGGACCAACUCUAUAUUAACACCCAUGAUUUUGAAAUGAGAUGUUCGACAAGCAGGUGUCCACAUACAUUUGGUUAUGUAGUGUAUCUUAAUAUGAAUGCACUAACUGUAUGUCGUUCUGGAUAAGAGCAUUUGCUAAAUUACUAAAAUGUAAACGAGUGGAUGAAAAAUUUCUGCAAACUAUAACUAACAUGUUGUUUGGUGUGUAGGCAUACAGUAUGACAUUACAAAUCGAAUCAAACUUUAUUUAAUACGCAUUUAUCUAGACAGCUUAAUACACAUUACAUGUGUUAGGUACAGUAGGUGUGCAUUAAUCAUGAUAUAGCCUGAAUUCACACUCAACGUAUAUUAAUGAUGCUAUAGAUCCUAUGCCAAGGCAUUCCACAGCCAUACGCUCCAGAUGGUAUGCAUAUUUUAUGCAUAUUAUAUUAGAUCGGUUGAUUGGCAUAUACCCUGUAUUUCCUUGAUGCAAACACUUCCUUUCAUGCCAUGUGGCUUCCGCUUAUGAUUUGCAUACGAUGUGUGUGUGUGUGUCCAUGUGCAUCACCAUCAUGAAUAUUCUAAACAUCUUCAGAUAGAUUAGCAGUUUUCUGCCUACAGUAUCAUUUUUAUGAAUAACUUACUCUCUGAGUGUUGCUACACAUAUAUCUCUUGUGAAGUGGGAUGUUGAAGUGAAGGAAUUUAGCUAAGUGGUUGAAGUGGACCGAUGCUGACUGGUACAGAGUACUGGGCCUGGUACCUGUCAUUCUCUAAUGCUUGGGUACAUAUUGUAAAAUACCUGCUUAAAAGGUACUGUUAAAUUGAAGGAAGAACUGGAACCUUUUUCAUUCCUUCAAGCACUUGGAUAAAAGUGUCUGCUUAGUUGCAGAUAUUAUAUUAUGUUACAUUUAUUAUGAUUACGCUCCCUGGCUGCUGUGGUAACCCUGUUUCUUUCAGCCUGGUUACCGUGGUGCUGUUUAAACCCCUAAUGACGAACCUAGUCCUGACUGCCACCUACAACAUUGUCAUAGAAACCAAACUUAUCAGCAAGGAAGGGCUGUAGUACUGACUGAGCUGUGAAUCUGUUCUAGUUCCCUCCACUACACUACCAUAUCCAUCCUCGGUAUAACCUUGGUCUAGUUCCCUCCACUACACUACCAUAUCCCUCCUCUGUAUAACCUUGGUCUAGUUCCCUCCACUACACUACCAUAUCCCUCCUCUGUAUAACCUUGGUCUAGUUCCCUCCACUACACUACCAUAUCCCUCCUCUGUAUAACCUUGGUCUAGUUCCCUCCACUACACUACCAUAUCCCUCCUCUGUAUAACCUUGGUCUAGUUCCCUCCACUACACUACCAUAUCCCUCCUCUGUAUAACCUUGGUCUAGUUCCCUCCACUACACUACCGUAUCCCUCCUCUGUAUAACCUUGGUCUAGUUCCCUCCACUACACUACCAUAUCCCUCCUCUUGAUCUAGUUGGUCUAGUUCCCUCCACUACACUACCAUAUCCCUCCUCUGUAUAACCUUGGUCUAGUUCCCUCCACUGCACUACCAUAUCCCUCCUCUGUAUAACAUUGGUCUAGUUGGUCUAGUUCCCUCCACUCCACUACCAUAUCCCUCCUCUUGGUCUAGUUGGUCUAGUUCCCUCCUUUACACUACCAUAUCCAUCCUUGGUAUAACCUUGGUCUAGUUCCCUCCACUACACUACCAUAUCCCUCCUCUUGGUCUAGUUGGUCUAGUUCCCUCCACUUCACUACCAUAUCCCUCCUCUGUAUAACCUUGGUCUAGUUCCCUCCACUCCACUACCAUAUCCCUCCUCUCUGUCUAGUUGAUGUAGUUCUAUUACAGUAUCCCUCCUCUUCUCUCCUAUACCCUUCUCUUAUAUAUAUUGAUUUACCCCAGUGUAAAAUUAAAGCUUAGUGAGAAAACAGCGAGCCCUUUUAUUUAUGCCUUAAGGCAGUCUACUCUGCUGCAUUGAUGGGACAACGGGAAUCUCCCUGAGGCAAUUACUUAAAGGGAUGGGGAUUGGGAUGAGUCCCGGGCUGGACUACCUUCCCUUCUCAGGCAUGCCUGUAUCCCAAAUGGCACCCUAUUCCCUAUAUACUGUAGUGCACUUCUUUUGACCAAGGUCCAUAGAGCUCUCAUCAAAAAUAGUGCACUAUGUAGGAAAUAAGGUACCAUUUAGUACACAGACAUGUUGUCCUUGAUAUCUGAAGCGUAAAAGCCCAGGUACUGUAUCAGUAUGAACGUUGCAGUGAAUGCAUCAACUCACUACAGUACACACAACUCAUUUGAGACCUAGAGAGCUCUGUCUGCUUUCCUGUUUAUCUAACUGUGUCUGUCUGUACGCUUGCUCUCUGGGAUGGUGCAUAAUGUGUAGCGUAUAUCUGCUAAACCAUGAAUUAAUGGGACUGUGUGUUUUUGUCAGGGGGUUUGGGGAGGAAUUUUGAGCAGCUAGCUAUCAGAGUGCUCUAAUUACUGAAUUAUUGCAAUAUCAAAAUAUACUGUGGGGGGGGGGGGGGGGGGGGGAUAAUGAGAGAAAUAGAGAGAGGGAGGGAGGAGAGACAUGUAGAAUCUAAGCGAGCGAGCGAGAGAGAGAGAGAGAGAGAGUGCAAAACAGAGAAGAGGUGUGUAGUGUCUCUGAUCCAUGUUGCCUGCAGCACAACAGACUGAAGUGCAGUAACAAAGACAGCAGUGAAAGCUAAAAACCUGGGCCACGUGUCUGCUGCACUGCUGUGUGUGUGUGUGUGUGUGUGUGUGUAUAUAUAUAUGAAAGUGUUUGUCUGCUUGCAUUAGCGCAAUAAGUAAAUGUACAGAAUCUUUAUGUCAUAAAGGGAGACUGCUUCCCAUGGCACCCUCUCUUCCAUCCCCUCGCUGCCCCAAAUCCCUCCCCACUGACACUUGCCCUCUGACCUCUACCCUACAGGUGGCUGCCCUAUGACGGCCCAGCCCGUGGCAGACCGUUCAUGUGACCCAGCCUGCAACAAACCACGCUCCUUCUGCACAGAGGUGAAAAGAGAGAGAGAGAGAGAGAGAGAGAGAGAGAGAGAGAGAGAGAGAGAGAGAGAGAGAGAGAGAGAGAGAGAGAGAGAGAGAGAGAGAGAGAGAGAGAGAGAGAGAGAGAGAGAGAGAGAGAGAGAGAGACUCAAACAGACCCUGUGGGGAUGACACCAGUCCAUCUGGGUUAGUUGCAAUUGUUAGUCUCUGAUGGUGUGUUCAUGCCAUUGUUAUGGUGUUCCUAUUACAUGUGCAGAUGAAUGCCCCUGUACUUACUGUAUCGCUACAGGGAUCGUUGCAUCUGCCGUAGCAGGAGCCUACUACAUAAAUGUACGUAAAAUGAUAACGCAUGAUCAAGAAGACUAUUUUAUUUUUCAAUUAUACUUCCUCUUAACUAAACUCCCUCUCACAUUAUCAAGCGUCUCACAGGCAAUCCCAGAACAAGUACAAAUAACAUAGAACAUAUAACUUCAAUUUUUUUUAAAUUAAAUGUACUUGAUUCUCUGUCUUAUGUGAGAAAGAAACAUCCGAUAAUAUACAGCCUGGUCUUUGAAAUGUAGUCUGUCCCUCCUCGGGCUGAGAGCUUCCAGCAUUUGUGUUCACUGCAAACAGAGUAAAUUUCCUGGAAACACCGGGGGACCAGUUAAAUGGGUACACUAGGAGUUUGUGUGUGUGUGUAUGGGGAUCGACACCAUCUACACACACACACCCAUGUCAGAACACAUCAGAACCAGUCACUAUUACUAACACCAUGAACCAGGACUCAGCCCUCUAGUCAGUGCUAGCUGAGGGGGCUGUGAGAGAGCUACAACAACAUGUCUAGCUGAAUAUGGCUCAAAUGUGUCUAGGCGUCACUACAGACCCGGGUUCGAUCCCAGGCUGUGUCACAACCGGCCGUGACCGGGAGUCUCAUAGGGCGGCGCACAAUUGGCCCAGCAUCGUCCGGGAUAUGGGAGGGUUUGUCUGGGGGGGAUUUACUUGGCUCAUCGCGCUCUAGCAACUCCUGGUGGCGGGUCGGGUGCAUGCAGGCUGACUUCGGUGUUUCCUCCGACACAUUGGUGCGGCUGGCUUCCGGGUUAAGUGGGCAGGUGUUAAGGAGCGCGGUUUGGCGGGUCAUGUUUCGGAGGACGCAUGACUCGACCUUCGCCUCUCCCGAGCCUGUUGGGGAGAAAAAGCGGGUAAAAAAAUAAAAAUAAUGUGUCAGUUUGUGUAUUGUGACUCUGCUCUUUUAUACUGAACAAAAAUUUAAACGUAACAUGUAAAGUAUUGGUCCUAUGUUUCAUGAUCUAAAAUAAAAGAUCCAAGACAUUUUCCAUAUGCACAAAAAGCUUAUUUCUCUCAAAUGUUGUGCACAAAUUUGUUUACAUACUUGUUAGUGAGCAUUUCUCCUUUGCCAGGAUAAUCCAUCCACCUGACAAGUGUGGCAUAUCAAGAAGCUGAUUAAACAGCAUGAUUAUUACACAGGUGCACCUUGUUCUGGGGACAAUAAAUGUGCAUUUUUGAUGCAACAGAUGUCUCAAGUUUUGAGGGAGCGUGUAAUUGGCAAGCUGACUGCAGGAAUGUCCACCAGAACUGUUGCCAGAUAAUUUAAUGUUAAUUUCUCUACCAUAAGCCUCCUCCAGCGUUGUUUUAGAGAAUUUGGCAGUACGUCCAACUGGCCUCACAACCUCAGCCCAGGACCUCCACAUCCAGCUUUUUCACCUGCUGGAUGGUGUGAGACGAGCCACCCGGACAGCUGAUGAAACUGUGGGUUUGCACAACUGAAGGAUUUCUGCACAAACUGUCAGAAACCGUCUCAGGGAAGCUCAUCUGCAUGCUCGUCGUCCUCACCAGGGUCUUGACCUGACUGCAGAUUCGGUGUCGUAACCGUGGUGGUGGGGUUAUGGUAUGAGCAGGAAUAAGCUAUGGACAACGAACACAAUUGCAUUGUAUCAAUAGCAAUUUGAAUGCACAGAGAUACCGUGACGAGUUCCUGAGGCCCAAUUUCGUGCCAUUCAUCCGCUGCCAUCACCUCAUGUUUCAGCAUGAUAAUGCUGUACACAAUUCCUGGAAGCUGAAAAUGGCCCAGUUCAUUCAUGGCCUUCAUACCCACCAGACAUGGCCCAGUUCCCACCAAUAUCCAGCAACUUCACACAGCCAUUGAAGAGGAGUGGGACAACAUUCCACAGGCCACAAUCAACAGCCUGAUCAACUCUAUACGAAGGAGAUGUGUCGCACUGCAUGAGGCAAAUUAUGGUCAGACCAGAUACUGACUGGUUUUCUGAUCCACACCCCUACUUUCUGUGACCAACAUAUGCAUAUCUGUAUUCCCAGUCAUGUGAAAUCCAUAGAUUAGGGCCAAAUGAAUUUAUUUCAAUUGCCUGAUUUCCUUAUAUGAACUAACUCAGUAAAAUCUUUGAAAUUGUUGCAUGUUGCGUUUAUAUUUUUGUUCAGUAUAUGUUUGUGCUGUAAGUGAUCUCCCAGGGCUGGGGGAGAGAAACAGUGUUUCUGUGAUUGUGUAUGCUGUAUAUCUUGUUCCAGUGUGUUUUUGUGCUUGUAGGUUUGGUCGUUAGUAAAUUUCUUUUUUUCUGUCAAUGAGAUUCCCUAUUUUUGUGUCUGUCUAUGUGUGUAUGCAUGCAUGUGUGUGUAUAGGAGAAUAUGUGUGUGUCUGUUUGUGUUUGUAUGUGUGUGCAGGCACGUGUAGGUUUUGGUGCGUUUAAUGUGUGUCAGCCAGCCUCAGUCUCAGCAGUGUGUUGUUUAGCCCCAUGCUGCGGUACAGAACCAGGCUGCAUAACAAACCGGUGAUAAGGCUGCUGCAUCCUCAUCCUGCCCCUCUCUUUGUCUGCCACUUUGGUUAUGCUAAUCAGCCCUCCUGUUUCCUGCCCUAUUCUUUCAUCUGUCGGCCCUGUGUGUGUCUAUGUGUGCGUGUGUGUUCAGUCGUACAGCCACUGAUUGCAUUGUGGGUAUUUCUUCUCUGGGUGAUUAUCCUCCGGAGAUUGCCGGGGAAUAGGGGAACCCCCCGCCAAGCAGGCAGAUGAGUGAACAGAGAGAGAGAAGAAUAAGAGAAAGAGAGGAAGAAUAGAGGAAACCUUUGGGUUGGCUGGCUAUAUACCCCUACAGACCCCACCCUUUCAAUCUCAGAGCAUGAAUUUCUGUCUGAUCCCCCCUCUUUCAAAGCAGCAGUAGCAUCACAAAGGGGUUUGAAACAUGUGAUGGUGCAUUUCAAUACUGCCAAGAUAUGAGGCUGAGCUAAAGCUGAGUGAUGAUUCAUUCAAUUACACCUGGGAAUAUUUGAUAAGAAAUAACCUCACUUUAAUCCAACUUGGUGCUUAGCCAGGUCACUAGCCUCCGACUGCUUUAUUUGCUCUACUAAAAGAGAGGAAACUGACAAAAAUGCCUUCUGUCCAUGUUUUGAUUUUAUAUUGACCAUCUCUAACACACCUGCAAAGCAACCCCUUGAUGUGCGAGUGCAUUUCCCUCAUACAUGUGUUCCUUCCCUCUUCUCACAGGCGGGUGUGUGUGGUUGCGAGGAGGGCUAUACGGAGGUGAUGACGUCAGACGGCCUGCUGGACCAGUGUACGGUGAUCCCCGUGUUAGAGAUCCCCACGGCGGGGGACAACAGGGCUGACGUGAAGACCAUCAGGGCGGUCAGCCCCACACAGCCCUCCAACAGCCUGCCUGGCCGUGCCGGACGCACCUGGUUCCUACAGCCCUUCGGACCAGGUACACUAACCAGACAGAUUUACUCUAUCAAUUUAUGGGACUGUAGGGAACCAUCCAAGAAAUGUCUUAGUUGUUAUUAUGUGGUAUUGUCAAAUCUUGUUAGAAUAUCGGCCUGUAUUUUGUAGAAAGUAAAUGUGAAUAUAUUCAGGAAUUAUAACAGAAUUUGCAGCAGAGCUACAAAGAGGCAAUAAUUCUGCAUUGUGUCAUUCCCGGUAGCCACAAAUUGUUUUUGCACAAAUCCCCUAACUGUCACGAUCGUCUAAGGAGGAGGACCAAUGCGCAGCGUUGAAGGUGAACAUAUUUAUUUAGAGAAUGAUCACACGAUCAAAACAACAGACGAUAACGUGAUGUCUACGGUUUAACACAAACCAAAUAAGAACAAGAAACCACAAAGAAUGAAAGCCUAACGGCUACCUAAGUAUGACUCCCAAUCAGAGACAACGAGCUACAGCCGUCUCUGAUUGGGAACCACCCUGGCCAACAUAGAAAUGCAACAUAGAAACUAACACCCUGGCUCAACAUACGAGAGUCCCCCGAGCCAGGGCGUGACAGUACCCCCCCCUAAAGGCGCGGACUCCGACCGCGCCAACCAAACACAACAGGGGAGGGACCGGGUGGGCACUCCGCCUUGGCGGCGGAUCCGGCUCCGGGCAUGAUCCCCACUCGCUCUCUAACCCCCCAAAGUACCCCUGGUCCGGUCUGGCCCUGCUGACCGGAGCUGGACUGCACACUGGUGGAGCGGAUUGCUCUAGCUCCGGCGUGAAGCAGCUGACCCGUGCUGAACCAGGCACCAGUGGAACAGGCACGGGCUGUGCCGGACUGACGACGCACACCACUGGCUUGGUGUGGGGAGCAGGGACGGCCCGAGCCGGGCUGACGAAACGCACCCCUGACUUGGUGCGGGGAGCAGGAGCGGGCCAAACCGGGCUGACGAAAUGCACCACUGACUUGGUGCGGGGAGCAGGAACGGGCCGAGCCGGGCUGACGAAGCGCACCACUGACUUGGUGCGGGGAGCAGGAACGGGCCGAGCCGGGCUGACGAAGCGCACCACUGACUUGGUGCGGGGAGCAGGAACGGGCCGAGCCGGGCUGACGAAGCGCACCACUGACUUGGUGCGGGGAGCAGGAACGGGCCGAGCCGGGCUGACGAAGCGCACCACUGACUUGGUGCGGGGAGCAGGAACGGGCCGAGCCGGGCUGACGAAGCGCACCACUGACUUGGUGCGGGGAGCAGGAACGGGCCGAGCCGGGCUGACGAAGCGCACCACUGACUUGGUGCGGGGAGCAGGAACGGCCGAGCCGGGCUGACGAAGCGCACCACUGACUUGGUGCGAGUGGCAGGAACAGGCCGGACCGUACUGGGAACACACACCACUGGCCCUACGUGGGGAUCAGGAACAGGCCGGCCCGGACUGGCAACACACGCCAGUACCUCUCGCCGUGCCUCUACAUCCUCCCUCCCCCUGGUGACCAGUGACUCCCGUAACCUGGCGGCCUCCUGCUGCCCCGUCGUCCACGGCGUUAGCCCCCCCUAAAAAUGUUCUGGGCGUCUCCCCUACCCGUGGACCAGGUCUCCAUGUCCCUCGCCAGCCUUUCGCCCUUCUGCCACAAUGUCAAGCCCUUCUCUUCCUCACUCGGCUUGACCCAGUCGAGGAGGCGAAGGAGAUCUGUUAGGGAUCUCCCUGGCGAUGGCUCCUGGACACGCUGCUUGGUCACAUCUUGGUGGUUUCUUCUGUCACGAUCGUCUAAGGAGGAGGACCAAUGCGCAGCGUUGAAGGUGAACAUAUUUAUUUAGAGAAUGAUCACACGAUCAAAACAACAGACGAUAACGUGAUGUCUACGGUUUAACACAAACCAAAUAAGAACAAGAAACCACAAAGAAUGAAAGCCUAACGGCUACCUAAGUAUGACUCCCAAUCAGAGACAACGAGCUACAGCCGUCUCUGAUUGGGAGCCACCCUGGCCAACAUAGAAAUGCAACAUAGAAACUAACACCCUGGCUCAACAUACGAGAGUCCCCCGAGCCAGGGCGUGACACUAACGACAUCAAUAAAUAUUUGAACAGAAGUCUCACACCGCCAUUUGCGCACACAUUUAGGAUUAGGCACAGAAUUUCUCAUCCUCAAAAUAUCCAGAAUUUCUACUCACAUAUGAUGAUACAGUGGAUCUUAAUAUUUACAGCAAAAUGAAAGUACAAUCCACCUAUAAUAAUUUCCAACAACAAGAUGAUCAGGAAAACAUAUGGUGUACUGCUGCCCUCUACUGCACAGGGAUGGAGUUGCACUGAAGCCAUUCACAUUAUAGUCCAAUGUGAGCUGUCUCUGACGUUGGUCACUUGUCAGUGUGCUAAGUGUGUGUGAUGUCUCCUUCUCUACAGAUGGUAAACUCAAGACAUGGGUCUACGGUGUGGCAGCUGGAGCUUUUGUUCUACUCAUCUUUAUAGUCUCCAUGACCUUCCUAGCCUGGUAAGUUAACCUGUUUGAUAGUUUGUGUAUAUCAGUCAUCUGUAUGUCUGUCACCUGUAUUCUGUAUGUCAUCACUUGUAUGUAUGUAUGUAUGUAUGUAUGUAUGUAUGUAUGUAUGUAUGUAUGUAUGUAUGUAUGUAUGUAUGUAUGUAUGUAUGUAUGUAUGUAUGUAUGUAUGUCAUCACCUGUAUGUACACUGAGUGUACAAAACAUUAAGGACACCUGCUCUUUCCAUGACAUAAACUGACCAGGUGAAUCCAGGUGAAAGCUAUGAUCCCUUAUUGAUCCCUCACUUGUUAAAUCCACUUCAAUCAGUGUAGAUGAAGGGGAGGAUACAGGUUAACGAAUGAUUUUUAAGCCUUGAGACAUUUGAGACAUGGAUUUUGUAUGUGUGCCAUUCAGAGGGUGAAUGGGCAAGACAAAAUAUUGAAGUGUCUUUGAACGGGGUAUGGUAGUAGGUGCCAGGCGCUCCAGUUUGUGUCAAGAACUGCAACACUGCUGGGUUUUUCACACUCAACAGUUUCCCUUGUGUAUCAAGAAUGCUCCACCACCCAAAGGACAUCCAGCCAACUUGACACAACUGUGGGAAGUAUUGGAGUCAACAUGGGCCAGCAUCCCUGUGGAACGCUUUCGAUACCUUGUAGAGUUCAUACUCUGACGAAUUGAGGCUGUUCUGAGGGCAAAAGGGUGGGGUGCAACUCAAUAUUAGGAAGGUGUCCUUAAUGUUUUGGACACUCAGUGUAUAUGUCUUCACGAUCACAUCAGUUUCAUUUUGACCCAUUCAUUUUCAUUUCAAAUCAUGUCAUUAUUUGUACUCUCCAUUUUGCUUUUCUCUUUCCUUCCAUCUAUCUCCCCCCCUCCUCCGUGCACCAUCAGUCGGAGUUAUACCCGUCACUAUAACUGGAACCCUGACCAGUGCACUGAUACGGUGGUCUGGAUGGGGCAGAACGAUCAUACCAUGGCUUAUACGUGUCCUGACUGCCAGCAUGAGGCACAUGAACUAGAACAACAAUAUGAAGAACAACAACCACAUCAGAAUCAUUGUCAAGAUCAACAACAAUUACAACGACAAAAACAUAAAUAUCAGCAAAAUAAUCAACAACAACCACAACAAAAUCAAAAUCAACAACAACCACCACAACAAAAUCAACACUGUCAGCAACAACCAUAUAAUCAACAACAUCAACAUCAAUAUCAACAAGAACCACAACAGCAUCAACAACAAAACCAUCAUAAGCCACAAAAUCACCAACAACAACCACAGCAACAACCACAACAACAACCACAACGCUUUGAAACACUCAUAACUUAGCUGCCGUGUUCGCUGCCGUGUUCACACAAACUCCCCUACCCUCUCGUCUUUCUCUCCUCCCCACAUCUGCUGUCACUUGUGCCUGUCCGACCAAUCACAUGGAGCUAUUGAUGGUGAGCAGGAAGUCAUCCCCCAGGUCCCUCUGUUUGACCUCUGACCCCUUUGUGCUCCUGGAGUUUGUUUAGUAGUCUUUAGAGCACCUCCAUACUUAAACAUACUUCUGUACAGCAUCCAUUUUAGGAAGUCCCUUGGUUCUUUGUUGAAGGACUUCCUAAUAUGGGUGCCAUAUUUUUCUGAUUUCAGAGAUGCAGAACAUUGAUCUCACAGUUACUCAAUAAAAUGAUCAGCUUUCACUUUCAAUAGCAUACUGCCCUCUUGUGGCCAGAUGGAAGAAUCACUCAUCACCACUAUUCAAUGAUCCCCUCACCAUUCAAUCUCUUAUUAGUUCCAUCCAUUCUUCACGAUCCAUUCAUAAUGGGCACAUUUCAUAAGAUAUCUUAUUUACAUUUGAUAUCUUAUUCAUCAUUGUGUUGUUAUUGUCUCUCAUCCCUGUGGUUUUUAUGUAAAGUUGUGAUGUGUGAUAUAUUAGAGCCUGCCCAGACAUGCCAUAGUGUUGUCAUCAUUAUGGACCUAUAGCUAACUGUCUACACUGUCUCUGUGUGCCAUAGCCUAGUUUGCAUUAAGGUGAGUGAGAACUGUUUGAGUGGGAACUGUUCUGGGCUGAAAAAAAGCUGCUUUCUGUGCUGUGCUUGUCCCCCUCAUCAGCUUCCUUCAGAGUUCAACCUCUCUCACAUCUCAAUAUAAAAAGAAAUGAUAGCAGCUGUUGAAAUUUUCCAUGAGGUGUUGCAUUAUCCACUACAGCAUCACUUCAAUGCUAGGACAUGGGGCACUGAACUGUGCUUCUGAAAUUUAUCUGGCUUACUACUGCUAUAACCAACAGAUUUGUCGUUUUUCCUUCAAGGACAGUGGCAGUAUAGAAACAGAGUCAUUGGCAAUUUCAGUAUUGCCUUUUGCAUGAUCAAAGAACUGACCAUCUACUAAAAGCAUGGCCUUCAGCAGAGCGAUGCAUGCAACUCUAACAUGAGGCAAAUUAACCCAACUGAAAGUUGGGGUUUCAAAAGAAAGCAGAGCGAGCUCUGUGUAUCAGGUGGGGGUAACUUAGCCCUGAUAUGGAUACAUCCUCCAUUAUUAAGGUAUCUAGGCCUACAUAUUAGGGCUAGGAGUAUAUAAAACAUGUAAUAACAAUGUUUUCUGCCAUUUUUCUUUCCCAGUAAAAAGCCAAAGAAACCCCAGAGAAGACAGAUGUAUAACAACCGGCUCAAGCCCCUGACCCUGGCCUAUGACGGAGACGCUGACAUG